AUGGAACGCGGAAGUGAGAUCUGGUUCUACAUCCGUUCGAGAGGGUUAUUUUGUUCAACCAAUCAGAAUGAGGCAAGACCGAAACCCGGAAGUAAAGGUUUUUCCGCGGCAAUUUCAAGAUCUUUUUGGAGCCUUAUAAAAGAAGGACUUUCUGGACACUUUCUUAUCCCUGAAGAAGUCUACAUAGACGAAACGCGUUGGAUAUUGAUCAGGAAUACCUUUUUUCUUCUUUUUUGUUAUUUUAUUGUUUUUAGUAUAUAAUUACUUUUUAUAUUUUUAUACUAUCACAGAGGGACUUCUUUUCCUCGGUACCACUUGUGAGUGGUGAUAUGCUGCUAUAAUCUUCACUUGAUGUAAGUGCAAUUUGUAUUAAUAAAUCUAUCUUUGUUUGCAAUACUGCUCUAUAUACCUCUUUUUAUUUGAGGAUUGGGUGUUCUGAAUCUACGCCUUUUUGGUCCAUACACACAAGCCCACUGAGAAAGAAUACGCUACUUUAAUACCCUAUGGAAGGGAGACAAGCGCAGAUCUACAGCACGGUCUUGUAAGUUCUCUAUCUACGGGACUGAAUCAUAUAUUCCUGUACAUACUUCACUAUUAUGUGAUUUUUUUCAUGUUUUAGAUUCUUUGAAGAACUGUGUUAUAGUGUAUACAGGUUGUAUGGUUCAUGUUUGUUGUGCAACCCCUUUAGUCUAUACUAGUAUUUGAUACAGUAUAGACUUACCCCUUUGUUUAUAUUGUAUUGGUGUAUGUGAGGUACACUUCUGGGUGUUUUGGCACUGUUUUGUGGUUUUUGCUUGGGAUAUUAUAUAGUGCCUCUUUCUUUUUUCUGUAUCUGGCAAUAAGACAACAUGCAGAAAGCAUUUCCAUUUACUACUUAAAAACAGGCAUCUAUCCAGAAUGAUGGGGUCUGGGUGCUCCCAGUAUUGGGGAAUGUCCCAGAGCAGUGGUGUGGUCUGAAGCAUUAAAAAUGCAUGCUCCUGAAGGAGGUCCUCAAUGGGUGACAAUGGAGUCACAAACAUUAUAUCUCAAUUACCUUUCAAGUUAUCUUUGGUCCCCCAGGGGCUCAUGGAAACACAAGUGCUACUUUCCCCCCACCACUGAUUGCUUUUUUUAGAAUGGGAUCAGUAUGUGUCAGAGUAUGGAAUUCACCCCUGCCUACCUAUUCAAGCACCCUUAGAUUCCCUGGCAUUUUUUGCACCAGGCUUUCAUCUAUAAAGGUGGAAAGAACUAGGCAUAUCCUACAUCUCCAAUUUAUUAGCAAGUUACACAGUCAUGCCCUAUUCUGCAUUAGCGACCAGAUAAACUCAGGGAUUCUAACUAAACCUCCUAGGGAUCCAGUGACUACAGAAACGUAUAAUGAGAACAAAUCUUGAUCACCAGAGUCAGCCAUCAUUGCCAGAGAGUGACCACGUGUUCAGCAUAGUUAUACGGUGAGCGUUAUUUAGCAGGGAUAAGCUGAAGAAUGAAAACCCUAUAUUUUAUGCUUCAUCGUCUGCAUGCUGGAAAAGAAUGGGUUUCUAUAAAAUAAAAUAAACUUUCACUCUCCCCCUUUACAACAACAUUCUGUAAAUGUAAAUAACCAUUUAUUUUUCUAUUUUUUUUUUUUUUUUAACAUUGUUUUGUUGGCAGAUGAACAAAGGGUUUAUUAUACCAUGUACGUUCAGAGAGAAGAUCGUUCUUCUCUGUGCUGUCCAAGGGUUAAUCCCCAAAUACAUGGCAAUUGAGCCAUUAAAUGAAGAAAGUAGAGUAUUCAGUUCAAGCUCAGCAGUUUUAAAGGCCAGGAGCAGUGAGACUCUGAAUUAGAUGUGACAGACUUAUUCUGUAACAAACAGUUGCCAUAAAACAUAAAUACAAAAAACAAGGCUUAGAUUUCUGAGGAGUCUUCCUUUGUGGACGACGUCAUCCCCAUAUCUCUUUUUCCGUGCAGUUAUUGUGCUGCAUCGAUGCUGUCGGUUUCAUACAUAUGAGACAUUUGAUCCUGACAUAAAACGAUCAGUAACACGAUAGUAAAACGCAAAUAAUUAUUUCAGGAGCACAGUGGAGAAUUAACACUCAGUGGAGCGAAACAGCCGCUCUUCCUCCUGUAAAUGAAAAAGGUAAUUGUUGCACUGGUGCCGGAGGUUGGGCUUGGCCUUGUGUUCACAGGCAAUUUAAAGCGAGGUUACAGGUUAUAGAAUGUGAGGAGAUAUGGAGCUUGUCGGAAUGGUGCCCUUCAAGAGGUGGUGGACUGCGACCAGCUGGAAACUUGGCUUGUAAGAUGCUGCUUUCCAAUAUUACAAAGACUGGGGGCAUAUACAUUCUAGCCAAUCAUUCAUUAUUUAGCCACAAGCUUCUGUCACUAGCCACUAAUCUGACCUUUUAGUUGAUUAUGUCUUCACAUGACAAUGGCUCCAAGCAAACCUAACUAUGAUCCAAAUGCACAGAGAGAAUUAUUGAGCAUAAUUCAACUGCAGCCAUGUUGAGACCAACGAUUGAUAUAAAUAUUCUGUAUGUUAUAUAUUCUCUGUAAUCCAUAGCUUUUCUAACUGAUGAUAUAUAAUCCAAGGUAAAGGAAGGCAUGAAUUUCAAAUAUGGAGCAAAAAGACCGGUUGCUGCAUUGUCCUGUCAUUUUGGUUUCAAUGUAUCCAUGAUGACAUUUUGUAGAAACAAUCCGAGGACGUUUGUCCACAUUAAAGCUAUUUGUGAGAACGCUUAAGGCUUAGCAGAGUAGAAAAAGGACCUUCAGCCAAACCUGGACAAUAUUCCCCCGCAUGACUUUAUCUUUAUAUAAAAGCAUGAUAAUGAGUUUUUAAUUAAUAAUGUUGUUGUUUUUUUUAUAUUACUAUAGAGUUAGUGCAUUUGCCAUUCUAGUUUACUCCUUACAGACACUAUAGGUACAGAUCUCAUAUCUGGUUUUAUAUAAAUCAUGUUUUGUUAAAUGUUUUUUACAGUUAUUGACAGACAUUUAUGUACAGAAAUAGUUUGCACUGAAUAACCUCUUUUGCUCACAAAUGGAAAAUCAAGACAUCUUAUCUAAAUAUAAACAAUAUGCAACAUUUACACGUAUGGUCUAACCAUGUACAUAAAAGGACAUGUAUUCCUAAUGCAGUAGUUUUAAUCUACCCAUUAAGGUCCCCCCAUGUGCCUCUAAGAGUUUGAAAGGGAAGUUUAACUUUGCACUUACCACUGUGUCGUCCACCCAGUUUUUCUUCCACCUGUAUUUCAUCCCCUACAAUUUAAUUGGGGUCUGGUUGUUCUUUGGGAAAGGAGUGUAAGUUCAUAACUAAAUGACAGUAUAUACUGUCUCUUCACACCUUAAAUAACCAUAUCGUGUGAUAGGAGGGAGCUCUUGUCCCUUCAUAAAUUUUUUUAGAUGUUUUAACAAGCUUCUUAGAACUACAACAACCAUGAUAUAUACCUUUCAUCUGUUGUGGAUCUGGCAGGACUGCCCCAAAAUCAAAGUCCUAUUUUGCCAUCCUAGUUUGUUUUUUGCCGAACCAGCACACUGACGUGCCUCUCUUUUGGGUUGACCUGCCUACAUUAUGCGCAAGCCUACCCCUUUCUCAUGUUGGGUCAUUCAUUGUAGCUGCCGCCCCCAGCCCGCUCACCCACCAACCCCACAUCCAUAAAUCCCAUUGUUAAAAGGUACGCUUGAUGUCUUGCCAGUUUUCAUUUGUUCUUUACCUUUGACGUCCCCUAUAGUAGAACAAUAGCACCCCCCUUUGUUGUCUGCUGUUUGCCAGUGCAGGUGACAUGCCAGCACAUGUGGUUGUAAUGUUUUAUUGUGUUAGCCAGGCUCUGCUACAACAUAUUUCAAGUAGCACAGAAGCUUUAAUUUGGUCAAACCCAAAUAUGAGCAGAUUUUCUAUUCUUUCCCUCUAGGGGUUAACUAGUAAAACUGAAAGUUGUAUAUGUUGUAUAUGUAGUAUGUCUUAACCUGACUACGGAGUGUAACAGCCAUACAAUGCACAGCAUAUCUCAGUAAUCCAUAAAAUGUGAGAAUCUGUAAAACCUGUUAAACAGAUAUCUCAACAUCUGCCCCCGUAGAUGUUGCUGAGCAUUACGUCUCAUGAUUCUGUGGCCAUCUGUUACACUAAAAGAAUUAUAGGAGUUGUAGGCCUAACAUGUAGGGAACCAGGGUUUGCUUAAAUAUGUACUUCUGUCUACCUCCCAACUUUAGCAACUUGUGAAGUGGGAGGCUAUUGAGAGGACGCAUCAUUGGCUCUGGGCAAAGGGGGUGAACCCACCCGGAAAAGGGACAAGUAGAAUACAUAUGUCAGCCUGCCAAAGACUGACCAUGCAUGGAGCACCGUUUCAGUUCUAUCUGUGGGAUCCUAAUUCCCUAAGCAUUGUGCAAGGUCGUCUAAUGAUGCGCUCAAACUAUGCUUGCUGGUGGCAACUCCCUGGUGUCCACAAAGGCAGGUCACCAGGGAAUAAAAUCAGGACAGUGGGACAGGAUCUGAAACGGGGCAUUUUUUAUGUUUAUCAUGGUAAAACCACACAUUCCUCUGGCACAUAAAUCACAAUUACAUUUCUUUGCUAAUGCUAUUGAUUACUUUAAAAUGUAAAAUAAUAUAUUAAUGAUUGUCUGAAAUAAUACAGCGACAACUUCGUCCCAUAUUUUAUGAUAAGUAUGACAUUGUGAAUACAGAGUCAUCUAGAAUUAAUUUUGUUUCUUUCUCUGUUAUUUUUUUUCAUAUGGGUGGCCCUUGUGAUACUCCCAGCUCCCCAGCUUGGUGUUGGCUGAGAUGAUGCUGUAAUGUGCAUUGUUUGAGCAUAAUAAUUCUCUGUUGCGUUUAUGAAAAGCUUUCUCGCUUGUGUUGCGUGACCUAACCUCUGAGCAAUCACUACCCAAAUUGGACAGUUCUUGAUGAAGAAAAAUCUACUUUUUAUGUUAAGUUCUGUAGAUAAGCAAAAAAGAAAAAAAAUCAUUGUUUAUCACUAGGAAAGAUUAGAGAGCAAUAUUAACAUAGAAUUAUUUGUCACAUACAAAGGAUAAAUUGAGCUUCAGAUAUGAAGUCAAAUUUUUUUUUAUCUGCCGUGUGAAACCAACAUACAAUGCACGUCAUUUAUCUGACGCAAAAAUCACAGGAUCUGCAUCCUGUAUGAUGCAACAAGCUAAAGGUCGAUGACUUUUGAUUUUUACAAAACAUUUCAAAUGAUGCCCAUGUGGGAUUUUUUUGACAAGGAUAUAAUGGAAAAUGCUUAAUUCGUCCCGUAAUCCAUUUGCACAAUCAGCCCUCUUUUUGCCGUUUCCCAUGGCUUGUCUAAGCAAUGGCUGUUAUUGUUUGUGGUCACUAUCUAAUUCUUGCUGCUUUUUUCAUGAAUUUUUCAAACAACUACAAGAAAAGAAAAAAACAGCAAUAUGAAAUUUUAAUUACAUUUGGGAAAAAAAAACAUUCAAGUAUUUUUUUACCAAGAUCAAUUUUAGUCCAUUUAUGGAGAUAAAUGUAUGGGCUCUGGACUUUGGCCAAACGUACAGGCAUGCUUAUUUAAUAGAUUUACCCACAUUUCCUGAGCACUAACACAUUUCCAGAGACGGUAUCAGACAAAGUAGAAAUAUGUUUUCCUGCAAACUUUGCAGUGCUAAUAAAUUCAUAUAGAUUAUUGACACUAUGAAGCAAAUAAUCUAUUUUAGUGACUGUUUACUAACUACGCAUAUUUUCAUAAUGCAGUACAAUUUUAGUCGACAAAUUAAGUAAAAAGUGAAUUUAAAUACUGUCUUGUAUUCACAGUAUUAAUCAAAUGCUUUUUACCUAUUAUUAAAAUGAUAUAAUUAUAUAUUAUUAUUACUAUUAUUAUUAUAGGUUCUUUAAAUGCCAGAAAUUAUACCCUUAAUCCCUAGCCACUAUAUCCUCUCCUUAAGUUUACCUUAUAUGAUGAUCCAAAUUCUAAUAAAUAUUCGAGAGGGAAGGUGAUCACAUAGCCAAAAAUACAUUAAAAAAAAAACCUUGUGAACAAAUUAUUUCAUAAUUACGUGCAUCUUCGAUUAUCUUUGUUUUCCAACCAUAAAACAUGGCCAAAACACUACUUCAUAACCUGCUACAUGCUAAAAAAAAAAGUCACAGGCUACCGCCUGAUUGCAAAAAUAUACUGCUCAAAAAUAAAACAAUGUUCAUGCCCUUAAACCAAUUGUCUGGAACCCUCCACAAAGAACGCUCUUCAAAUUGCAGGGACUCUUUAUAAUGCUUUUUUUUAUUAGCAAGUGGCAGGUUAUAACUUUUCUUUGGUCAUGUUUUUUUAUGGCUGAAGAGAGACGAUAGGAAAAAUGAAGAAUGCAGAUUUUAUUGUAAGACUUUUAAAUAUAAAAUUAUGUUCUUUUCCAUUUUUUUUUUCAUUUACCAAUGCUUUGUAGAGUUAAGGGGGUAGUAAGAGUUAAUAUUCAGGAUUGUUGGUUAAGGAUUUGGGGAUUCCGAGCCUCUAUGACCAAACUGUGACAAGAGUACUGGGCAUCCCCUGGUCCUAUUCCUCUAAGGGCAAGAGCAUUGGGUAUCCUCUGUCCCACUCUUACAGUACUCUCCACUGUUCAUGUUUUAAAGGAAGGGGUAGAGGGUAUGCAUCACUCUGCAGGCUUUAGGCCAAGCAUCCUCUACUUAAAAGUGAAGUCCAAAAGUCCUACCUGAAUACUUGGAAAGGGAUUGGUGGUAGUGAUUUUUACAUGAGUGGAUAAGAUAAACUAUCUGUUGGGGGCAAGACGCUUCGGAAUCUUUGGCCAUGGAAAUGUCAUUAGUCAUGUCAUCCUCUUGUCCUCUAUAGAGGUGGGGGUGGGAAGUUCACUCUUUUAAGGCAGUGGUUCUUGGGUAACAUCUACAAAUAGCUGUACAAAAGCCAAUGGAAUUGGCUGCCCUUGUCCUGGAAUCACAUAGCUUUAUUGGGUUUCUGUAAUGCAGAUGUUUUAAGAAUCAUCCAAUCUGCUUGUUUUAUAAAAUUUGUCUAAAUGUGUUAUAAUGUUAAUAAUAUGGUUCCCAAAUCACGUGGAUGCUGACAUGCAUAAAAAGCUGCAGGUGAAAGUCCAUUUCUGUGUUCAAAUAUUAAAAAAAAAAAAACACUGUGUUUGUGACCUUACAGAUAGGAAAUGAAAAGCGGAUCAGGCCAGAAAGAUGGCGAAUUGGAGAGGGCAGUGGAGGGAGUGAGAGACCAGAAGACUCAGAUCCCAGUGGAGAGUGCGAUGAUGAAGAUGGAUGUCAAGGUUCUGGUGAGAAACAAUUCACAGGUAAGUAGUGGACGCUCACAGUUAUUAAAUUGUUCUAUCAAUAUGUCAAUAUGCUGAUGGACUAUGUAGAAUUAUUUAAGAAAGACAAUGUUACGUUGACGUAGAUCAAGAAAAAUUAACGUUGCCUAAAUUGUACAGAAAGUCACUGGUUAUUUGUUAGUUUUAAGGUGUGGGGAGUGCAUUGUUAAGUAGUACAAACAAUGAUCCAUAGUUUAAGUGGGUAACACUGCUACACAAUCAGACUUUUCCUCUAACUACAGUACAACGUGAGACUAAGGACACAUUUGUACUAAACAUGAAUUACAGGUUAGUGAAUAUAUUUAUUUGUGCUAACACAUUAAAUGGCCUGUUGUGUUUUAUUUGCUUUCACGUUAAUUCUACUUUGAAACACAAAUGGUUCAUUGCUUUAAACCUAUUGUAAAUGUCAAAUGGAAAUGUAAUAAAAAAUAAAUAAACAAGCAAAAGGUAAAGUAUGUUUUAUCCCCUGUGAGCUGAUAAUCAUUAAAGAAUGGUAUAAUCUUUACAGGAACACUUCAGACUGGAAAGAAAACAUUAAUUUUAAUGCAUAAUGUAGAAUGCAUUUCCAUUUAAAAUAAUGGAAAAAAUAAGGUGAAAUAUUCCUGCAUUUGCUUCAAAUUCCCAAUCUUUGUAGCAUCUGCGAUGAGCUCUUACAAAAAAAGGAAGUGGCUCAGCCAAUCCUGAUGUUUCUAUGUAUUUCUGUAGAGAUGUUCAGCAAAUCAGUGAGUGCUCACCACCACAAUGAUCACGGGAGGUUGACGACACAGCGAGCAGGGAGACAGGGAACGUUUUGAGCAAUAGCAAUACAAGCAUCAUACGUUGUUAUGGUACUUGGAGUGUCCUUGAACAUAUCAUGCAUGUAAUAUUUCUAAGCUACACCAUACCACCAAUCUUGUGAUCCAACCAUCACUACCCAGUCUAAACAGCCGUCUGUGUCUUGCAUCCUAAUGAUAUUUCCACCACAGCAUAAGAUAUUUCCUUGUGUGGGGGACAAUGUCUCUUCAUCUUCCAUUUUUAAAAUAAUUAUUUUCAAUACAUCAGCAGUUCUAAAUUGAAUGACCUACCUACACAGGUCAACUCAACCAGUUGUUUUACAUAAGGGGGAAGAAGGGUCGAACUAGGAAUAAAAAGCAGCCCUGGAAAUUGUUCCAUUCUAACUGUCCAAUACAAUUCUCUUUCAGCUCCAGUAUCCCUCAUUAACUCAUCUAUUCCAUCACCCUUAUGUUUCCAACAAAAACUCUCUCCCCCAUCGCCAUAUUCACCUUUUUGCUCUUAUACGCCAUCAGUAACCUACAUUGCCUUAUCAGAUCCUCUAUCACCAGCCCCUAUUACACCAUAGGCCAGCUAAUCAUCCAUUAAUCUACUUCCUCCAUCAAUUCUCCUGAAAUUACCCCUGAAAUUACACUCUUUUUCAGAACCUUUCUUAAAUUAGCACGCUAUUCCCAAAACCGGUUUUCCUCCAUUACCCCCUCUCUUCAACAGUCACCGUCGUCAUCAUUAAAAAACUCUCUCCAACCCACCAGACCAACUAUCCUUCACCGUAUCUAGGUGCUUGUUGUUAAUGUCCAUAGGUGCGUUCUCUCUCACGCUUGCUCCUAGUUAAUGUUACAGUAGGUGUGAGAAAGACAUGAAGCUAUUAAAGGGCACUCUAACCAUAACUACUAAUGGUCAUUGUAGUGGAGAUGAGUUUUCUAAUGCUGUCCCCUUGAUUUAUAUCAAAUAAUUUCUGAUUGAUUACAACACAAAAUGUGAUUGUAUCAGCACCAAAAGCCUUCAUAAAUUUCAUAAAUUAACCUGUGCAUUAACCUGUCCAACUUAGGGUGCAAUGAUGUUCUGAGAGCACUGUAAGUCCAGCUCUGUCAUCCUAAUAUUGCCAUGCAAAGUUGGCUGGGCUAAUACAGAUGGACAAAUACAUAAUUCAUGGAGCUCACAAGUAAUGAGGAAAUAAGCAGAGAUUUGAAAAAUAAACUUAUUGCGCAUACACAGAUAAUAUUGCAGCUCUAACCACUAUCUCACUAGGAUACUCUUGUUGGAGGAAAAUACAUUUUCAUUGCCAUAGGCAGAAUGUGCACAGCUCAGCACCCCCUUUGGCAGGGAAAUGUUUACAACUGACAAAAAUAAAACAAGUGCCUGACUCUAGAGGAACCUAUUUGGAAUCUGGGACACUGAGAAAAAAAAACAAAAAUAUCUAGCAGUUAGACUGUGAAUGUCUCAUUCUAGUAAGUACUUUGUGUAUCCUGUAUGAUAAGCUGGACAUUUGUAUUACCUAUACCUGAAUCGCAGUGUAAGACAUUUAAAAUUGGUGUCUUUGCAACUGAAUCACCCGUGAUGAAUAGCCAGCUUGGGAAUUGUUGUCCCUACCUUAAAUUGGCAUCCUUUUGUUCUAAAGUCAGGUGAUUGAGGAUAGAAGUAUUUAUAAUACGCUAACACUGGAUUAAAUGACAAUGCAGUAAAUGUAUAAUUAUGUGUGUGAAACCACAGUAAUGCCAAAGAUAUCCCAAAAAAAUGCUGGGAUAUUAUUGGUUAAAUGUCCUCCCAGCAUGCAUAAAUAUGGCGGCUAAGUUAUCUUAUUAUAGAGAAAGUGUGGAGGCCCCUUCAUGAAUAAGCUUGCUUGCAUCCAAGACUAUAUUUUUAUGAUAUAUAAGCAGUACCUAAUAUUAGUUAUAAGUGAAAUAAUAGGAAUACGCCACUACUUGUACAAUUAGAUGAAAUAAACAGUUCAAAAUGAGUGAAUAUUAAAUAAUAGACUUGAAGAUUUGAUUUUUUCUGAAUCCCAAUGUACAGCGCUACGGAAUGUGAUGGCGCUAUAUAAAUAAUAAAAUAAUAAUAAUAAUAAUUUUAUGUUGGUCUGCAUUUUGCUGAUUGGAUGAUCAGUUGAAUUCCUGAUGCAAAAUGUACCUGAAUCACUAACCAAACAAGCCGAGAAAUGGCCGAGCAUGUUAGUUUCAGGAUGUGAUUCUGAAUUCCACCUAUGGCAACAAUACAAUAGAUUGCUGUCAAUAAGAUGUUUGAUGGCUAAGGGAUAGUCACUAAAUGCUGAUUUUACUCACAGAUCAAGUGAGCAAUUUAAGGAAAAAAGGAGGUGUGGUGAAGCAAGACUAUAUUUAUAUAUUAUAUAUUUAAUAAGUACAUAAUAAUAUAUAUAUUUAAAAUUAUUUUAAUAUAUAUUUGUGUCUGGGGACAAAGGCCGACUGCAUACAAUAAAUCCCUAAUGCCAAGGGAAUAAACCGUUGAAACUAAUAGUACAUGAAGUAGACUUGAAACACAUGCUCGAUACAGCAAGAUACCUCAACGGGUCAAUUCUUGUCUUGCAAUAUUUGGUCACUUCAAACACAUUGGUCAACUUGAGCCCAAGGGCUGGGGAUCAAGGGAGAUAAAUUGCUGUCUGUGUGUCUAAUUUGUGAAGUUCACAUCGGAUUCUUCAGUGCUCUGCAGCAAAGCUAUGAACACAAUUAAGGAAAUGUGUAUAGCAAGCUGGCUCCUUUGCUGAACUUGGGCGUUCCGUCCACAAACACAGUGCGGGAUGUGUGUACACUGAGAGGGAUCUAUGAAUGUUCUCAUUGUCUGGACUUGGGCUGCGUUCUUGUCCAUUCAUUUAUCGGAUGCAUAGACAAAGUUCCUCUUGUUUCUCUUCCAUUGUUCUUUUAUGUAACUACAUGCCCCCUCAUUUCGGAUGAGGGCUAUUCCUUUUUUCUGUAAGAAUUAGCCCUGAUCUAUGUGACAUAGGCGCUGGGUCAAGCUCCUCAACCCACAGCUUGGCUCUCUUCAGUUUUUACACAUUUUCAAAUCAAGGCCUUUUAUUUUAAACACAAAGAAUACUAUAACAGAAUCCGUGUCACUGGCAGCCCAUCCUGAAUCUCACGUCUUUUGAUAAAACACAUGAACAUGAAUUCAUAAACGAUGCUGUGAUAUUCUUAAAAGUGGGAUACGAUGAAAAGGCAAAGAUGACUAUUCUUUGGAUGACACUCAUUAGGGAUUGCAGGAGAGGGAUUGAGUUGUCAUAUUGCAUUAUGUGAUUAAGGGGUUGGAUUAUGCUAACAAUAUAUUGUGUAACACGAAAGCUAUUAAUCGUACAAUUAGAUUGUGUCCUAUGGGAUGAAUGUCAUUUAUAUAUAUAACUCUAAUUGCAGUUUGGGUGUGAAUGAAAGGCUUGGCAUAGGUAAGACAUAUGAAUAAUAUAUAGUAAGAGUUGAAAUCCAUUAAUUGUCAUUUAAACUAGAGUUUAAAUCUGUCAUAUUACAAAAGACUGGAAACUGUAGAAACUGGAAAAAAUAUGCGCAAAGCAAACUUCUGUGCAAGAAUGCAGCAAAGUUAGACAGGGUUGCCAUCAGAAUACAAAAGUCCAUAGGAUUGGAUUGGCUGAGAUCAUCAAGAUUGAGGAGUUCCGCCAUGGAGGAGCUCUGCCAGUGGGAGGGGAACCCAGAUAGGUAACCCCUGCAGCCCAUCCAGGCCCGGACUGGCGAUCGGGCACACUGGGCACAGAGUGCCAGCCCUGCAGUAUUCCAUGACGGGCAAGUGGGGAGAUCAAAGAUCUCCUUCACCAGCCCACUUGCACAGACAUGCGGCUGGGGAGGGAGAGGAGGAGCUCUAUCUGCUGGGUUCCUCUCGCUAUGCAACGCCCCCAAUCUUGCAAAAGUGAACGCUAGCCCCACAGGCUAAAGUUCACUCACCACUAGCACCACCAGGGAUGGCAACACGGUGCCCCCUCCCAGGCUAAAUGUAAGAAGGGAGGGGGGAUAUAGUGCCUCACACACAACAUUCUCACACACACACAGCACCCUCACACAUACAUAUUUCACCCAUCACACACUUUACCACACACACACACACACACACUGCACCCCUCACAUACACACAUAUUGCACCUUUCAUAUGCACACUACACCACUCACACACAUCCACUACACCCUCACACACACACACAAUACCUCCAAACUACAUACUACAGCACCCCUCACACAAACACUGCACCCCUCACACAUAUACUGCAUCCCCUAUACACACACUCUGCACAGUACCUAGCCACAUUACACUACACGACUAAAACCGAUCUUUUUACACAAUACCACACCACAAUCAGCUCACUCUACACACACGCAAUCCCACAAGCAGGCUCCAAACACAUGCACAAUACUCUUUCCUGGCCCUAUUGUCUCCUGGUAUCACAUUUAUAGAGACAAGUUGCAAGGAAACAGAGUGUGAGCAUGCUAUUAAAUUUGCUUGCACUAUGCAGAACAAAUACAGGUAUACAUACAUUUUUCUCAUGCUAGAGAUCUUCAGCAGAGCUGUGCGCAUGGUCUGAGCAUUGAAUCAACAUGCUCACUUUGAUAGGGGGCGUGCUUGUCAUUGGUGAUGACAAAACACAUCCUCUCUGCCCCGCCCCCUUCUUAGUGGGCCACUGUGAUUAAAAAAAGCCCAGGGCAAGUUUUUUUCCAGUCCGGCCCUGAGUCCAUCUAAACUGGUUAAUUCGUUAUCCUGAACCACGUCAGUGGAAUAAUCUAAUGCAAAGACAAAAAGCAGCAUGUUUCUCUAAUCUUCUCCAUUUAGUAAAAAAAGAAGGAGAGAAUACAGUUGUAACAAAAAGUAUGUGAACCCUUUGGAAUGAUAUGGAUUUCUGCACAAAUUGGUCAUAAAAUGUGAUCUGAUCAUCAUCUAAGUCACAACAAUAGACAAUCACAGUCUGCUUAAACUAAUAACACACAAAGAAUGAAAUGUUGCCAUGUUUUUAUUGAACACACCACGUAAACAUUCACAGUGCAGGUGGUGUGUUCAAUAGAAACAUGGCAACAUUUCAUUCUUUGUGUGUUAUUAGUUUAAGCAGACUGUGAUUGUCUAUUGUUGUGACUUAGAUGAUGAUCAGAUCAGAUUUUAUGACCAAUUUGUGCAGAAAUCCACAUCAUUCCAAAGGGUUCACAUACUUUUUCUUGCAACUGUAUACAAUUUGCAAUUUGCUUUGGCAGAACUGGGCUAUAUUUCUUUACAGCCGAUACACAGAUCUUAUACCAGUUGCAUAUACUAAAUAUACUGUGGCUGUGUGAGGCUGUGCAUAUAUUGUGUCUGUAAAGUAACAUAUAAUGUAUUAAUCACAAACACAGAGACAUUGUUUAAACAGUACAUACAUAGACAACAUCUGCUAUAUGCAAUGACAGUAUGUCUCCACACCAGUUCAUAUACUAAGAUUAUAUGAGUCAGAUAAAUUGAGGCUGUGUUUUCACAGCACUUUAUGCACAGAUUAUAUCACUCACAUAUACUGAAGCAGUGACUAACAGCAUCCCAUACACAGCACUUGUGUUAGAUGUAUAUACUUAAGUUGUCUUCACCACAAUUUACACAAAGAUUACAUCUGACUCAUAUAUUAAGGCUGUGUCUUUAGGUCAGGGCCGUCUUUAAUAUUGAAUGGACCCUGGGCAAGCGUUAGCUUGGGCCCCCUGGUCCCUUCUCCAAACCAACUCACUGGCAUGCAUACCCUACACCCCAAUGCAGUGGCGGAACUAAAGUAGAGAGCCCUGGUGCAAGAAUGUUUUGGGCCACUUAUUGCAAGGGUGGCCAAAAGGUAGAUACCUAUCUGCCGUGCUGCUCCAACAAUGCUUUGACUGCUGGGGCUCUACAUUUUCCAUGAUUGCAGGGUUGUAUUAUGCACUGAGCAGUGUCUGUGUGUUUGAAUGUAAUGUAAUGUGUGUUUUUUUUUGUAGUAUGUUUGUGUAAAUGUAGGAGUAUGCUUGUAUGUGGUGUUGGUGUUUGAAUGCAAGCAUGCAUUUAUAAGUCUUGUUGAUUUUUGAUUGCAAUGGUGUGUUUAUAUUUUGGUGUUUAACACAGAGCUAUUUUUGUAUUUAGUGUUGACGUUUCAAUGAAGGAGUGUGCAUGUAUGUAGUGUUGACGUUUCAAUGAAGGAGUGUGCUUGUAUGUAGUGUUGACGUUUCAAUGAAGGCGUGUGCUUGUAUGUAGUGUUGAAGUUUGAAUGCAGGGGUGUAUUUGUGAGUUGUGUUAGUGUUUAAAUGCUGAGACGUAUGCACAUAUUCACAUACACAGCCACACAAACACACAUGCAGAUACACACACUCUAAAACACAUGCAGAUACACACUGACACACAUGCAGAUAUACAGACACAUAUACACACACCGACACAAAUACAGACACACAGAAUACACACAGAUACACACAUUGACACACAUUGACACACAUGCAGAUACAGAUACACAAACUGAAAACAUGGAGAAACACAGAUACAGAUACACACACUGACACAGAUACAGAUACUCAGACACAUAUACUGACAGACAUACUGUCACACACUGACAGAAAUACUGACACACACACAGACACAUAUUCUGAUACAUAAACCAACACACAUAUGUACUGACUCACAGAGACACACACAUUAGCAGACAUACUGACACACAGACACACACACACACACAUCAACAGGCAGACACACUGACACACACACUGACAUACAUACUAACACACACUGAAAGACAUGCUGACACAAACAGAUACAGAAAUGCUGACACACAUGCACACACACACUGACAGGCAUACUGACACACACACACACACACACAUACUGACAGGCAUACUGAUACACGCGCACACACACACACACACACUGACAGACAUACUGACACACACUGAUAGACAUACUGACACACACACACUGACAGUCAUAUUGACACACAGAUACACACACUGACAGACAUACUGAGAUACAUUGACAGAUAUACUGACUCACACAGACACACACCAACAGACACAUACUAACACACACACAUUGACAGACAUACUGACACACACACUGACAAACAUACUGACUCACACAGACACACACACCAACAGACAUACUAACACACACACACACUGACAGACAUACUAACACACACUGAAAGACAUAAUGACACAGAGACAAACAUACUGACACACAUGCACACACACACUGAUAGGCAUACUGACACACACAUACACACUCACAGACAUACUGACACCCACUGAUAGACAUACUGACACACACACACACACACGCUGACAGGCAUAUUGACACACAGAUACACACACUGACAGACAUACUGACACACAUUGACAGAUAUACUGACUCACACAGACACACACACCAACAGACAGACAUACUAACACACAGACACAUAUUCUGACCAUUGGCGGAUCUGGGGGGGCAACGGGGCAAUUGUCCCCCCUCCUCUCCCCCGAGAAAAUAGUGCUGCCCGAGGCUCUCCCCUGCUGGCCCAAGCAGGGCUGGUGCUAUCCAAGCACUAGCCCUGCUGUUUGCCAUCACAGAACGGAGGGGAGAUCAGUGAUCUCCCUCCCCGGCCCACAGGCAGAUUGCUGGACGACAGGCAGGGGAGGGAGAGAGAGAGAGAGAGAGAACCCGGGGGAGCUCUUACCUGCAGCUCUGCCGGGUUCUUCUCUCGCAAGCACGGAGCAUUGCCGCGGUUACCAUGGCAACGCUCUGUUCUCGCGAGAGUGAACUCUACCCUGAGCUGCAGGUUAGAGUUCACUCUCUCCACUAGAACCACCAGGGACUGGAAGAAAGCAAUGUCUCCCCCUCCCCCCCAGCAAAGGUAAGAAGGGAGGGGGGACAUUAACUUUUUAAUUAUUUAAUAAAAAAAAAUAUAUAUAUCUUUAAUCUGCCCCCCUAUCCCCUCACACACUGCAUCACACACAGCCCCCCUUACACACACAUCCCCCCCUUACACACACAGCCCCCCCUUACAUACACAGCCCCCCUUACAUACACAGCCCUCCUUACAUACACAGCCCCCUUAUACACACAGGCCCCCUACAUACACAGCCCUCCUUACACACACGCAGCCCUCCUUACACACACACAGCCCCCCCUUACAUACACAGCCCUCCUUACAUACACAGCCCUCUUUACAUACACAGCCCUCCUUACACACACACAGCCGCCCCCUUACAUACACAGCCCUCCUUACACACACACAGCCCCCCCUAACAUACACAGCCCUCCUUACACACACACAGACCCCCCUUACAUACACUGCCCUCCUUACAUACACAGCCCCCCCCUUACACACACACAGCCCCCCCUUACAUACACAGCCCCCCUUACACACACAGCCACCCCCUUACACACACAGCCCCACCAUACACUCUUACACACAUAGCCCUCCUUACACACACAAACUAUAACCCCCUACACACUGCACCACACACAAAUAUACAGUCCUUCACACACAGCCCCCCUUACACACACAGCCCCAACUUACACACAUAGCCCCCUACACACACUGCCUCCUCCUCACACACACUGCCCCCCAUAAACACACAGCCCCCCUUACACUCACUGCCCCAAUACACACACUGCCCCCCCUUAAACACAUAGCCCCAAUACACACACUGCCCCCCAUACACACACAGCGCCACUCACACACAAACACACUGCUCCCAAUAUACAAAAUGCUACCCCAUACAUACACUGCACCCUUCUCACACACGUACUACCCCUCCAUACACAUACUGUGACCCUCACACACACUGCACCACUCGCACACACACACACUACAGCCACUAUCCCAGCAGACCCUGGGUAAGUUAUCAAACGUUUUUUUAAACGGUUUGACUACUUACUCUGGGAGGGCACCACAGCAAAUCCUGGCACCAAAACCACUACAGAGAGCUGUUAUUGUGCCUGGAUUGUUUCUUAAAAUGAUCUGCCGGUUCCCCUCCCGAGAUUAGCUUCUGGAUCCGCCACUGAUUCUGACACAUAAGCCAACACACAUAUACUGACCCACAAAGACACACACAUUGACAGACAUACUGACUCACACAGACACAGGCAAUAACAGAAUUUUAAUAUUACCCGCUUGGCAUGUGUCACUGUACAUGGACAUAAUAUAUAUUUGUAUACGUUUAUGCAAUAGCAAGUUGAAGAAAUGUAUGCCAUAGAUAACGAAAGAGGUCCAUUAAAGCAGUAAAGUUUGCUAUUAUCAUGCUCAUUGGCAGUGUUGUAUGACAUAAAACUUCCUUGCAAAGAGGAAGAUGCAAACCACAAAGACUAAACUGCGGUGAGUUAUAAUUUACCCAGAAUGCACAGUGGGUAGUUUUGUUUAUAGCAUGUGAGAAGACUUGUGUGUGUGUAUAUAUACAUAUACAAGUCUCUGAUCUGUCUGUUGGAUGGACAGAUUUAUUUUAUAUUGGAAGGUUAUAUAGCUACAUGAUGUCUGACAUGUUUGUUGUUUGGUUGAAAUUCUGAAGUCAGUCUAUAUAGGACAAAGUGUUUUGAAAAACUUUAGCAAAUUUCUUCUUUCACUUGAUUUGUAUUUGCUUCUGUCUCUGCCUGCAAAGAGACAUCCACUUUUAUGUGCAGUGUAGAUAAGUUUGGUAGAAGCCAAGGUUCAGGUAAAUUGUGACACUUUCAUGUGGUUGUGCCGCAGACUUUGUGCUUCUACAAGUGGCAGGGUACAAGGUACGCCAAGACUGAAAAUAUCCCAGUACUAGCCAAAAUUGCCAGUACCAGAUUUCAAGCUGGUUUAAAAUCAAGCUGGCAUCAUAAUUACAGAAGUAUUACGCAAUACCAAAAGGAUAACUGCUAUGUCAACCGGCCAACCUACCCCCUUGCAAUGCCUUUGUAUACACAAACUAGAUUUUCACUUCCAAUCUAAUGUUACUGAUGGGGUUCCAUGUCCUGUACUUAUCCUAUGUGAGCAGGUUCACAAAUAUUCCAAUGAUAAGAUAGCACUUAUGCCUUUUAAUAACCGCAUGCUUUCUUACAAACUGAGGGCGAGUGGAGAUGGCGUUACGACACAAAAGAAGCUUUUAUGUUUUUUAUAAUUUUUUUAUAUUUUAGUUUUUAAAUAGUUUUUUCAUGCUUUAAGCUAUGCUGUGCCUUUGAUUAGUGAUGCCUAUCAAGUGUCCCUAAGUAAAAGGCCCACCUUAUGGGCCCCCAAUAGGGUACGGUCCCCGGUACAACUGCAGCAGCCGAGAAUAAUUUACCAACUGGGCAGUACACCAGGACAGAAAAUAUCCCAAUACUAGCCAAAAUUGCCAUCGCUUCCAAACAGAUAAUCCCAGUCAAACCGGGUAUAUAUAUAUAUAUAUAUAUAUAUAUAUAUAUAUUUUUUUUUUUUUUUUUUUUUUUUAUUAGGACACGAAACACUGAAAACAUAUUUGUUGCUGUAGAUUCUAUAUGAAAAGUUUAUUUCAUUACAAGACACACUUUGUACUUGCAUAUCUGCAAUCAGGCACACUCAAAUACAGCAAGAUACAGCAAUUAUCAGCCAGAACACCGGUGAGACCUCACUUGAAGUAUUGUACGCAGUACUGGAGACCGUAUCUUCAGAAGGAUAUUGAUACUUUAGAGAGAGUUCAGAGAAGGGCUACUAAACUGGUUCAUGGAUUACAGGAUUAAAUUUACCAGGAAAGGUUAAAGGAUCUUAACAUAUAUAGCUUGGAGGAAAGUCGAGACAGGGGGGAUAUGAUAGAAACCUUUAAAUACAUAAAGGGAAUCAACACAGUAAAGGAGGAGACUAUAUUUAAAAGAAGAAAAACUACCACAACAAGAGGAAAUAGUCUUAAAUUAGAGGGACAAAGGUUUAAAAAUAAUAGCAGGAAGUAUUACUUUACUGAGAGGGUAGUGGAUGCAUGGAAUAGCCUUCCAGCUGAAGUGGUGGAGGUUAACACAGUAAAGGAGUUUAAGCAUGCGUGGGAUAGGCAUAAGGCUAUCCUAGGUAUAAGAUAAGACUAGGGACUAAUGAAAGUAUUUAGAAAAUUGGGCAGACUAGAUGGGUCGAAUGGUUCUUAUCUGCCGUCACAAUUUCCAACAGUAGACAAGUUACAUACACACCUCCAAUCUUCAAUACAAUAUUUAUUGUAUAGAAAGUAAACACAGUACUAGGAAAUCAAUGGAAUGCAGAGGAUCAAAGCUCCAGCCUAGCAAGGGAUAGAAGAAAAUGAUGCCCUAUCACUGCAGGUGUAAAAACCAUAAAUAGCCAAGGGAUGGAUCAAUAGAGUUACAGUGAUAGAUGGAAGCUUAAUAAGAUAACAUUCAUUAGCCAGCUCUCCAAAGAAACUCUCUGAGCACUUUAGUAGCUGGGCCCUCGAUACAAAGAAGGUUUACAGGCUGGUGUCAUUCUCAUUAGUGCAGUCAUUCCACGUGUUACUGAGCUAAGUCUUUCUAUUUGAUAAUGGGUAGAUUUGACUCACUCUUUUAAACUAAUUAUUUUAUUUUCAGUCUUCUUCAGAAAAAUUAAAGGGAAACCGCAGACACUAAACGUGCACAAAUGUAUCUGCUGCUAGAGCAUUACGUAAAAUAGGUACAUAAAUAAAUGAAUAAAAGUGGUUGUUGUUUUUUUGCAUGAUAUCUGAUUUUAAAAAUUCAAAAACCUCCCGAGCUGUAAAUUCACCUCCUAUGUCACAAAUUGUAAUCACGGUCAUUCACUGUAAAUUUAAGGCUCGAGAGUAGAUACAACAUUGAGAAACCUAUAGAAGCACACUCCUAUAGAUACAUUCCAUUCAAGAGAUAUAUUUUACCAGAGGAAUUUUCCAUUCAUGAAAUGUUACGCUGGAUGUGACAUACAUGUUUAAUACAUAAAAGAGAUAAUGAAUAAAACAAAAUGCAUGAAAUAACAUUUAAAAAUAAAAUAAAAAAUAAAAUAGUAUAUCUAAGUCAGCCCCCAGCUGCAGUUACACUCAUCAGCUCUCAUUAAGUUGACCCAAUCAAUUAGCUGUUAGCAGAAAUACUGAGCUUUUAUCCUUUAUCCACUGGCCCAAAACUAUACACAGUGAUUUUGAGAGACUUCAAGCAUCCAUGCAUGUAUGGGCUGAAGCUCAAGUUGUCUCUGAGAGCUGGAGAGGGGAAGGGAGCAAGGUCCCCCUACUCCAAAUCAAAAAAUCAGAUCUAUUAGCAUGGUGAGGACUAAUGAUAAGUGAAUGUUAGAAAAAAAACAUAGUGGUUAUGGUAUUUAAGUUCCUUGUUAACCUUGAAACCCAUUUUUUAAAAAUUCAUUUUGCAGGCAAUGUAUUAACAUGUGUAAGAAGUUCCCAGGUAAGUAAAAAAAUCCCAACCGAUUACAAUAGUUUACAUAGAAUUGAAUUUUAAAUGAAAUAGGAGUCUUAAAAAAGUAUUAUUCAAAAUGAUAUUCAAGAAUACCUGUUAUUCUUACUUUCACUCACUGGAAAUGGAUUUCUCAUGCAAUUUCAUCUAUACAUAGCGAAAUAAAUUUCACUUUUUAAUAUUUUUUUUGCGAUAUAUUUAAUUAAAAAAAUAGCAUCUAUGCCAAUGUCUGUCUGCAAGAAAGUCCACCUAUUGGCUGAUUGCUCAGUCAGCUCCAUUCAGUUCAAGAGUGCAUCCGUUCCAGGCGUCCCAUUGCCAUCAAAGCUGACACAUGUCCAGAAAAGACUGAUAUCUGACGUUACUCAGUUCAAUUGUUUGAUGUGCUUGCAAUGAGGACAGCACAUCAGCAUUAUCAGGUGGGGCUCUGCCAAGAGUAGGCAAGAGAGACAGGACUAAGAAGAGACUUCACACCCACAAAGGUGGUCUUAUGGUGGCACUGGAACCAUUGGAAAGGAGGUGUGUGUUUCAAAACCCUAUGAAGGAUCACCCAUUGUACAUGCUGUGGAAUUUGCCGCUUUAUAAAUAAUAAUAAUAUAAGCAAAGUUAAAGAAAAUACUAUUUUCGGCAAUUUUAAGCUCAUAGGGACAUUUUGGCAAGUAAAGUUGAAUUUUAACCAACAGAUUUACACUUUAAAGAUUUUGGGUAAUGGAACCAUUUUUUAUGAGUACGGCCUGUUUAAUGUUUUCCAAAUUAAUUUCCCAAUAGGUGGAAAUACAAUACACAUUUGACUUCCCAGCAGGCCAUGCCAACCAUGUGUCGCUUGCAUUAUAAUUUAGUUGUAUCACAUUUUUGUUAGCUUAUAAUUUGUUUAAAUAGACAGCAGCAACAAACGCAUUAUGUAAUCUACAUAUCAAAUUGUAUUAUCAAAUUAUAUAAAAUUAAAUUUUACAAGUCAAAGACAGCACUUCAAGGAGGCCAGAUAGUCAACCUUGGGAUGUAUAGCUUCCAUUGUUUGUUUUACUCAAAUAAAAAUUUAGUUAGUGGAGCUCUUCCUUAAUGAAUUAAACAAAAUCCUCUUUACUGUAUAGAACACAAAAUCUAAAAAGCACUUAGUGUGCCAGUGUACUGACUAACACAUAUAAAUGUGCUCUUAUAUAUGUUUAAUAUUGUCACUAAUUACAUUUUCAAAUUGGAUGCUUUAUAAGUAGCAUAUGGGACUCUCAAACGUGCAGUUUCUAAUCAAUAUCUAUCUCUGGUAAUCAUGUGACAUUAUAUUGCCAGUUGAACAUGUAUGAAGUCAGGCCGCCUUAUUCACUAUACAUAUUUAAGACUUGCAUUAAAUUUAGCUAAGUCUGGAUAGCACAGAUUCUGUGUCUUCUGUGAGUUUUGCAUAAAAAUGUAUACCAAGUUAUAUACCAGAAAAUAUAUACCAGUUUAAACAUGGGUAAAUUAACUGAUCUGUACAGAAAAAUAAACUUAAAGGGACACUAUAGUCACCUGAACAACUUUAGCUUAAUGAAGCAGAUUUGGUGUGUAGAACAUGCCCCUGCAGCCUCACUGCUCAAUCCUCUGCCAUUUAGGAGUUAAAUCCCUUUUUUUAUGAACCCUAGUCACACCUCCCUGCAUGUGACUUGCACAGCCUUCCAUAAACACUUCCUGUAAAGAGAGCCCUAUUUAGGCUUUCGUUAUUGCAAGUUCUGUUUAAUUAAAGGGACACCGUAGGCACUGUAUCUGCUUCAUCUCAUUAAACUGGUUAUAGUGUAUGGAGUCCCCUGGUGCCAUCAUUUCUUUCAGCAUUAAACAGUUUUUAAUGUUGUAAUGUUUUAAUGCUAAACAAGAGACCCCGGCAAUCCAUCCCCUCUGUGCUGCUUUGCCUAAUAAGGAAGUAUUACCCUGAGCAGCAAUGGGCAGCUGUGAUUGGCUGAGAGUGUCAGCUGACUGCUUUUAACUCACGGUAUGAAUGGGUAUGACAGCAAGGAAGUGUGUAAUCUCUGCCUUAGCUACACAUACAAAAGGGGCUGUGGGUGGCCUGGGACUCUUAUUUUGUGGCAUACUGCACAAACAUGAUGCAACACUGAAUGGAGGGACAGUGCCAGGGCACUCCAGGCACUAUAACCAAUUCAAAGAGACAACGUUGUUAUAGUGACUACAGUGUCCCUUUAAGAUUUUCUUAUCCCCUGCUAUGUUAAUAGCUUGCUAGACCCUGCAAGAGCCUCCUGUAUGUGAUUAAAGUUCAAUUUAGAGAUUGAGAUACAAUUAUUUAAGGUAAAUUAUAGCUGUUUGAAAGUGAAACCAGUUUUUUUUUUCAUGCAGGCUCUGUCAAUCAUAGCCAGGGGAGGUGUGGAUAGGGCUGCAUAAACAGAAACAAAGGGAUUUAACUCCUAAAUGACAGUGAAUUGAGCAGUGAAAUUGCAGGGGAAUGAUCUAUACACUAAAACUGCUUUAUUUAGCUAAAGUCACUUAGGUGACUAUAGUGUUCCUUUAAUAAGAUUGCACUGUGAGUAUGCUUUGCUUAGGUUCCUCACAUUUAAUUUUUAUUUAUUUUUUUAGUACAAGUUCAUAUCAUCUCUGUGCUGUAUAAUUAGCAAUACAAUCUGUGCAAUCGAUAUGGAUUUACAAGAAAACUAAAUUUCCGUGUCAUUUUUCUCGAAAGGGUUACAGAUUUUUUCAUUAUAGUCUGAAGUCAACCAUACAAAUUCAAAGGGGCUUUAGUUUUGUUACCACAGUAUACAGCAAUACACACAGAAACAAGUAAUCUAAUGAGACAUUUGUCUCAAUAAAUCAAAUCUUGACAAUGGGACAUGUACCUACCAAGUCAUUGUCUAGGUUUAUUGUCAUUAUGGAUUGAAUUGUGGCAAAAAGCAUUAGUUCCAUCAAUACAUGUUAUUUUAGAUCAUGGCGCAUACUUUCCUUGGUAAGUCUUCCGCUAGAAAAAAAAUAAACUUCUACUCUUGAUGUUGCCUUGUAGAUUUCAUUAUGUGCCUAGUAUUGUCAUUACCAUUGACUUUAAGAUAGCUCUUGGAGGUUCUGUGUCCAUCAAUAAUACUAAUCUAUAUAGCAUUUACACAGUCCUAACCUACUCAGAUGGACCAAUCUAUACAGGGGCUUUAAAGGGCUCCUACAUCUAAACUUCUACUGCAUCAACCUGGGGUUGUCAGAGCAGAGCACCUGACAAAAUGUGUUGCACCUAACACAAAGGAUUCUAUGAAAAGAACACUAUAGUGUUACAAAUACAAGUCUGUAUUCCAAAGACUAGAGAGUCCUUCUGCCCCCUCCCUCGCACCGCUCCACAGCAAUUAAAGGGUUAAAAACCCUUUAGAAACACUCACCUUAUUCCAGUGCCGAAGUCCCUUGGCACCUGCUCUGUCCCCGCGAAUGCGUUAGGCCUUCCACGUAGGAAAGCAUUGAAGCAAUGCUUUCCUUUUGAGGAUUUGAAGACAUCUAGCAUUGUUUGACGAAGAAAUAGCAGGAAGCAAUUCUAGUGGCUAUCUGGUAGACAGCCACUAGAGGCAGUCUUACUACUGCAAUGUAAACAUUGCCGUUUCUCUGAAGCUAAAAUAUUAUACAUUGCAGGGUUAAGGGAACAGGGACACUGCACCCAGACCACUUCAAUGAGCUUAUGUGGUCCGGGCGCCUAUAGUCUCCCUUUAAUAUUAAGGUAUUCUCAGGGAGGUAUUGUCAGCAUAUUAUAAAUCCAAAUCAAAAGUACUUUCUAGUGCCAAGGAUUUUUUACUAUAAUUUCUGCUGGAAAAUUUGAUUCAAAACCUAAUUAAAACAAACGCCAUCCAGCAUCUUGGGUGGUGACUUUUUUGUCUGUUGUAGGUCAAUAUGCUGGUGGUCUGAAUAGUAUAACUUUUGACAAAAGGCCAGGGAGUUACCCGCUAUCCCAUUAUACUGCAUGCAGUCUGUCACUUGCCAGUUGGACAGCUUUGAAUUUGAUAGAGAUCCAAAGGGUGACUCAUUCUUCUACUACAGUCGCUGGAUACACAGAAAAUGUGCAACAAACUUGGCAACACAAAGAAUAUAUACUUACCACGGAAUUACCCACUGAGAUAUGCCACAUAUACAACAAAUCAAGAACAGAAUUAACCAGUGUAAUAUGACAAGACCUGUCAAUUAUCUGUGAAAUCAUUCCCCAAAAGAUUGCUUGCGUUCUAUAGCAGCUUAUAAUGAAUUUAUAUGGUUAUUAAUAUACAUAUGAUAAAUAGAUAAUGUGUGAUCUCAGCUCUCAAACCAGGAUUAAAAAAUAUAUACUAACUAUACUAAAUGUACUAAAGUGUCUUGUGGCCACAACUAAUUACUAAGCUGUGUAUCAUUGAAUGGAGUUCAGCUUUAUUGGUCUUCCUUGUAAUAUACAGAGAUCGGUAUCACCACAUUCUGUUCGAUCUGGUAUUUUUCUUUUGAGGCCCCACAUCUCUUUGCCAUUGUCAUGGCUUUAUGAGGCAGCAUGGUCAUUGGCAAAAAUAGUCACGAUUUUACACAGACAGUCCUGCAUUUUGGGGUCCUGUCCAAGCAAAAAUGGAUCUUGGUGAUCUGUCCAGCAUUCUCAAAUUUACCAAUCAGUUGAAUCUGCUGGGUAGAUUUGAGGAUGCCAGAGGGAACAGCUGCGCUCCAUGCAUGGUCUGCCAUGAACGAGGACUGUCAGUCAUACUGACCACUCACUUUGUGGGCAGACCUUCCCCUUUCAUAGGUGGCCCUUUAGGUAUCCUGUCCCCUUGUCUGCACUUCCAUCCUGUCCCCCUGUCCCCACUUCCAUCUUGGAUGGAGGGCUGGCCAUGUUGGCUCGUAUGCAUGGUUACAUGGAGGAGGUGGGGUGACUACCUUCUGGAGUGCUGUAAAAACAGAAAUGCUGGCAUGCACUCCCUCUCUGCCCCUUCCAUUUACCGUGAACUUUAUUUCCUACCAAGCUUAGCAAGCACUUAAAACAAUAAUUGUUAUAAUCCAUUGGAAAUUAUAUUUCCAGACUUGAGCUGAACUGGCAAUCAUUGACAUUACCAAUGCUGUGAACUUCAACUUCUAUAGUGGUUACUUAGUACCUUCCGAGUCUGAUAAGAAUUACAUGUCAGUCACAUGGCAUCCACAAUGUUACCCAUCACACACAUUACAGCCUGCCAUGUUGAAUGUUGUAUACACCAUCACGCCUAGCUCCUAUAGAGUAUCCAGGACUUAUAUACUAUCAUGUAGCGUUCAAAAACAAUGCUACAUCCAACAACCCGCAUUCACCUGCAUCAAAACCAGCAGCAAUGUUACAUUUAAUACCAUUACAUAGAUUUUCACCCACAUUACAUGAGGUCACAUAUAUUAUAAGCAUAUAGUGUUACACCCACAUCAGAUAUGCCCCCAUAUUACAUACAGUAAUCCACCUUACACACAACUGCUAAUACACAUCUUGCACCAUCUUUGCAAGCGCAUCACAUGCACAACACCUUCGGCACCUACAUUACAUCCGAACUACAUUAUGUGCAGCACCAAAAAAAACAUAAGGAAAAUAAAAACUAAGGAGAUCAAAAGUGUGAAAGCGUAGGCGUUAAUAACUGGCAGGAAUGGACACUGUGUAUUAAAAUUAUGUCACAGCUGGUGUGAGCCAAAGAGAGAAAUAAGUUGAAUAUAUGUUUAUAAAGAGGUCUGGAGCAGGACUUAACAAUAUUAGGAGGAGGACAUACAAAAUUGAGGAAACCUGGAGAAAACUUGGAAUGGUUGAAAGGCCAGUCACGGUGGCAGGUCAAAGAUUUGUGGUGGAAUUAAAAUGUAGAUUUUUUUUUAUAUUGAAUUAAAUUAAGAAUUCUGUUUUUAAUGCAGCUUUAUAGUCCACUGUUGGAUGUUCCCAGAGUGCACAUACUUUAUAUAGACAGGAUAAGCUUAAGAAGGUAUAGCAAUUCCUACAUUUGAUGGAAUGAACACAAAAUUCCAAAGUGUCUCUUCUGAAUUGAAACAUCCCAUGUCAUUCUAAGGUUGAACUCUGUCAUCGAUGUUUCUGUAUGUCUGCAGAUGUUCACAAAUGCACAAGGCUAUGAGAGCACCCGAAAGUAAGGGAUCUAAGGGUCUGUACUUGAAAAACAAUGCUAAAAAUAAAUAAAUAAAAGAGCUUUAUUAUAGGGUAGAAAAAAUCCCUCAAAAAAGGAAACUUACAAAAAACAACACUUAAAAUCUAAGUCACACAGGAGGGGAUUCAGACUGCAGGCAGUUAAAUAAUGCUAUGUAAUCUCUAUAGACUCAGGGGAUCCAAGUGUAACCAAGAGGAUAUAUAAAAUUAAUAAAUGGUAUAACUCUCUGGUAUAUAACCCUGAGUGUAUGUAAUAUCAAGAGAGCAAAGUAUUUCACUACUUUAGAAUUAUCCUUUGCUCUCUUGAUAUUACAUUUUACAUUGUAUAUUAUUAGAGUUGAGUGGACACCUGGAUGUUAGGGACCGGCGGGUUCGGCCGAACUUGACCCCGAACUUGAAGUCAAUGGGGACCCGAACUUUUGGCCACAAAAAUGCCUCUAAAAAACUCCUGGAAAGGGCUAGAGAGCUGCAAAAGGAAGUAAAAUGACGGUAAGAGUAGGACAAGUGCCCUGCAAACAAAUGUGGAUAGGGAAAUCACCUAAAAUAACAUAAAAAUUACAGCUGAGCCAUAAAAUAGCACUAGAUGAAAUCUUUGAUUUUAGCUUUGGAAGAACAUAAAUCAGAAUCUAAAGCAUGGCUGUCAGAAGGAUCACCAGAAUUAUUCAUUUGAGAGAGGGUUGGAGUGCAGGGUAUUCUCUUUCAUUACUCAAACUGAGCUCAACUCCUGAUGCAUGGAAAAAAGGCCUUCACAAGCCUCUGUUAUUGUGUACAUAGUUUAUACUACGUGACCUAUAGGUUGAGGAGGCGGUGACCGUGGCGGUGUAGGUGGAAGUGGCGGUGGAAGCGGAGGAGGUAGCCAACACUGUUUUUUUAUUUAUUUUUUAUUUAUUUAUUUAUUUAAUUGGGGUAUCCCCCAAAAUAUUGGGACAUAUAAAAAAAAGAAACAUUUGCAGCCUGCGGUGCAUUUCUUGUAGUCCUGAUGCAUGGAGAAAUGCUCAACUCCUGAUGCAUGGAGAAAAGGCCUUCACAAGCCUCUGCUAUUAUGUACAUAGUUUAUACUAAGUGACCCAUAGGUUGAGGAGGCGGUGAUCGUAGGUGGAAGCAGCGGUGGAGGAGAAGGAGGUAGCCAACACUGUUUUAAUAUAUAUAUAUAUACUAUUAGACGCUUCGAUUUGACUCUCAGAUAUGAAGAGCAGGCCCCAAAAUUUACUAUUUAGCAGAAUAGCAGCAAAACAAUUAGAAUGUUUACCACUGCGCUGUAAGCACACUAUUAGACGCUUCUAUUUGACUCCCACAUAUGAAGAGCAGGCCCCAAAAUGUACUGCUUAGCAUCAAAACAAUUAGAAUGUUUACCACUGCGCUGUAAGCACACUAUUAGACGCUUCUAUUUGACUCUCAGAUAUGAAGAGCAGGCCCCAAAAUGUACUAUUUAGCAGAUUAGCAGCAAAACAAUUAGAAUGUUUACCACUGCGCUGUAAGCACACUAUUAGACGCUUCUAUUUGACUCUCAGAUAUGAAGUGCACCCCACUAAAAUACUAUUUAGCAAUUUAGCACCCAAAAAAUUUUAAGUUUUAAAACUGAAAUGUGACAGCAGUAUUUGACGAUUCUAUUUGACUCUCAGAUAUGAAGAGCAGGCCCCAAAAUGUACUAUUUGGCAGUUUAGCACCAAAACAAUUAGAAUGUUUACAACUGCGCUGUAAGCGCACUUUUUGACGCUUCUAUUUGACUCUCAGAUAUGAAGUGCACCCCACUAAAACACUAUUUAGCAGUUUAGCACCCAAAAAAAUGUUAAGUUUUAAAACUGAAAUGUGACAGCAGUAUUUGACGAUUCUAUUUGACUCUCAGAUAUGAAGUGCACCCCACUAAUGUACUAUCCCACUAAUGUACUAUUUAGCACCCAAAAAAUGUACUUUUUAAAACUCAGAUGUGAAGUCCACCCCAUUAAUUUACUAGUUUGCAGAAUUCUUUCCUAAGCUGUUCCUCACCUGCAGCAUCCUCUCCCUACACUAAUAAGAGCUCAUGUGCGUGUGGCGCUACACGACUCCAGCUUAUAUAUAGAGGCUGGGUCACCUGCUGCACUGGCCAAUCACAGCCAUGCCGCUAGUAGGCAUGGCUGUGAUGGCUUCUAAGGGCACACGAGUCAAACGCUUGUUGACUGGCUGCCCUGCAGCCUUUGAAAACGCGCCAUUAAAUCACUGAACUCCAACACGAACAUACAGUGAUAUGUCCGUGUUCGGGCCCGGGGUCCAAAAACCGUAAUGUUCGGUAUAAACCCGAACUUUACAGUCUGGGUUCGCUCAACUCUAUAUAUUAUCAGAACAUUGUAUGUCUGUUUUAAACAAGAUCUGCUCCCAGGGCUAUUUUUUCUUACUUUUUUUAUCAGAUGGCUGUUUGAUGAUUAGUAUUUUCUCUCUAAAUAUUCACAAGAGUACAGAGUCCAAUCAAAGCCCAUGCCAAUAACUGUCAGCGGUGAUAGAGCCGCAGUUCUGGUUGGAUGAAUGUGGACAUUGGUGUGAAGAGAAGGUGAUGCACACUGAAUAUUUGCAGAACUAAAGGCAAUUAUAGGCUGACAGUGACAGACACAAUGCCUAAUAAAAAGACAUUGGGCUUCUAUAUAAUCAAAUAGUGCUAUCUGCUAAAGCCCUUUAACUCUGUUGAUUAUGAUUGUGGAUUACUCCAUUUGUUUUGAGAAGAUUAAAAUACUUAACCCCAAAAUAGAUCUGUCAUUUAAAAAAAUAUAUUUUUUUUGUUUUGCACGAAAAAAUAUUUUCCUUAUUCUGUCUGCUUUGUUUGUUUUUCACCCUAUUUAUAAGCUAUUGAUAUCUGAAGUCAGCCAACAGUCAAGUCACCGAGAUUUCAAAAUGAAGGCCCAUAAUGUUAAAUAUUUGUAACAUAUGCACUGUAAUGAAAAACAAAAAACACGCAUUAAGAAAAAUGAAUUUAUAGGCAUAUUAAAAUAGCACAUCUAAUAGACCCAGUUUACAAGAAAACUAUGAAAAUAGUAUGCCUGUUUUAUAAAAAUUUAAAUAAGAGCUGAAGCUAAAAGAUACCGUGGCUCGUUUAUUUUUUGCACAGUUCUAAUGUAUACCGUUAAUUCAAUUGAUAUAAAUAUAGUAACCCCUGGAUGUUGGGCUAAGGUAACAUCCCCAGGACAUACUUGAAAACAGAGUAAUCUGAAUGUACCUUUCCUGGUUAAAUACUUUGUUAUUAUUAUUGUAAUUAAUUAAAUUAAGAAUAUAUAUGACAAUCUGAUAUUUAAGCUUUCUCUCCCAUCUAAGUCGUCCUUAUGCCCUCCUACUCUGCGCAUGGAUAUGGUUUUUGUUCUAGGCACUAUUCAUGUGCGUUGCAUAGUAAACCUGUCAUGCAGGUCGGUUCCCCUCUUCAUGGUUGGAGUACAUUAAGAAGAAUAUUAAACUCCUGGGGUAUUGGCUUCAUCCUGACCAAAAACACGUUCUCCUCCAUCUGCAUACUUACCAUGCGCACAUCCGCAGUCCAACAUUUAGCCAAAAUCCAUAGUGAAAGGGAAGAUUUUAUAGAAAUAGAUUUUUCAGUUGGUGUGAAUUCUUUUUACUUUCUUUAUUAAUAUGGUCACAGCACACAACGUAUAGUAUUUCUCUACUGUGAAUAAUUACCCAAACACAGAACACAUGAAGCCAUGGGUCAAAUUCAGUUGUCUAGAACAGAGAAGGUGGCCUACCGAAACCAGCAAAUAAUAGAUCUGUGCCUUGUACAUUCUCAAGCCUAAGAAAUAAACAAAGAAGACAUCGGUCUUGUGAGUAUGUCUGGUAGCCUAAUCUUAGUACUUGUAAUCUCAAAUUACACAAAAAAUGUGCCAUAUGUAGAGCAAUUGCCAAAAAGAAGUCAAAUGUAGGAUAUUUCAGAGAGCUCAGACAUAUGGCAAGAGGAGACUGUGGCUGAUGAAAACAAAUAGUUUAAGGACAAAGGAGUGCAUAAACUUACAUUACACGUGCAAAAGAACCAUGGGAGAACCCCUGGGCACCGGAGAAUCAUUUAUUUUAUUGUACAGAACAGUAAUGAGAAAGCAUUAUUCCCAUUAACUUUUGCAUGCACGCCACUUAUCAAUUUCUGUCUAUGCGUCUAUUUCCUUCCAUAAUCCUAAGUGUCACACUGUACAGUUUGGGAGAAUGCAAAUGCAUUCACAUCUUUCUGUAUGUACGUCAACAGCUGUCUUUGUGGAAAUGGAAGCAAGUGCCUCAUGAGUAUAUCAUUUUAUCUGUGCAUUUGAUGUGGAGUUAUCCCACAUAAUGUAUAGAUUAAGUGUUUAAAUCUGCCGGAGGCUUAUCACAUGACUCCGUGUAUAGAUGAAGGUUUAACAAUAAUGUGGUUGAAAAAAAUAGAUAUUCCGCUAAGUUAACAUUUUAUGUGGUUAUAAGCAUCCCUAUAAUAACAGGUCCGUAUGGCAGGAUUGUUGGCCAGCAGCAGACUGCAGGCUGAUUCACUGAAGCUUGGUCAUGUACACAUAAAAUAAUUUCCAUACCUCUGAAGAAUUUAAGAAACUAGAUGAUUACAUUAUGUUUUUGGCACCAACUUUAUCAUUUUAGCACUCUAAUCUUUCAUGAAAUCUCUAAAAAUGCAUGUAUGUGUGUAUAUGUAUACAGCCAUAGGCUUAGAGUUGUGGAACCAGUUUAUUCUGCUUUAAAUCAUCCUGCAGCUCCUACCUCAAGACUGCAGGCGUCUUCAGCGACCAUACGGUAGGCCAUACUACACUGCGUCGUUGCCAUUGUUACACAUAACCACUUCUGGUCCUAGUUCGUGUCUAAGGAAGCAGCAUGGCAGGCUAAAGAUUCAGGGACUCCCUGAGUAGGGAGCACGGCCAGCGGUCUGAGGAGAUUAUUAUGAGCAAGUUAUUCUGAAUCAGGUGUUUCUGAAUUUGCACUAUUGAUGAAGUCAAACACUUGUACAAUACAGAUCUUUUCAAUGGGCGUCUGAUCCUUUACUUCCUUUUUGCCACUUUUAGCCUACACUUAUUUUAUGGCUUUGUCUAUUCUCUAUCUCACAACCAGCGCUGGACUGCGAAUAAAAUUCAGCAUUGAAAGCUAGAGCAGCCAAGUAGGAGGGAACAACGACGCCUCAAAGCGAGCAUGUUAGUUUGCUGUCCCUCAAGGGCAUCUCAUAUGCAGAGCCUUGCUGAAGAGCUCUCGCAUGAACAAUGCCCUGUGCUUGUUUUACACGGCACAGUUCGGCGCAUGCUGCUGACAUGUCUCUGAUGUCUCUAUAAGAGGGAUACCAGAGGACAAAAGUGGGACAUGGCCUGUAAAGUGUGCUGUGCAUGUGUGGGGAGGCUCUCUGUGGUGCUGUAUGUGGUUGAACACUGAUUGUGGAAUUGUGUGGGCGUAGAGACAAUUGUUUUUUAGUGUAGUGUAUGUGUAAAUAAGAAUGUUUCUGGUGUGGCUAGGGUGUGUGUGUGUGUGGCAUGGCAACGCUCCGUUCUCGCUAGAGUGAACUCUAGCCUGAGUUGCAGGCUACUGUUCACUCUCACCACUAGGACCACCGGGGAUUGAAGGCACUGUCCCCCUCCCAGGCCUCAGGUAAGAAGGGAGGGGGAACAUUAACUAUAUUUAUUUAAUUUUUAUUUUUUCUUAAACUUACAAAACAUAUAUUAUCUUUAAUCUGCCCCUCUACCCCCUCACACAAACUUUAACCCCUUACACACUGCACCACACACAAACACGCAGCCCCAAUACACAGACUACCCCCCUUACACACACAACCCCAAUACACACACAGCCCCCAAUACACACAGCCCCAAUAGACACACUGACCCCCUUACACACACAACCCCCAAUACACAUACAGUCCCAAUACACACAGCCUCAAUACACACACUGCCCCGUUACACACACAACCUCCAAUACACACACUGCCACUGCUUACACACACAGCCCCCCAUACACACACUGCCCCCCUACACACACAGCUGCUAAUACAAACACUGCCCCCCCUUACAUACACAGCCCCAAUGCACACACUGCCCCCAUUACACACACUGCCCCCAAUACACACACUUCCCCGCUUACGCACACUGCCCCCUUACACACACUACCUCCAUGCACACACAGCCAGUGGUGUAUUUAGGAUUUGGGCUGCCCUAGGCUGGACAGUGCUCGGGCACCCACCCACACCCUCCACCUCCCCCCAUUUAAAUUUUUCCCACCCGUUCCUGUCAAGGCCGCACUUUGACAGACACUCUCUCACUGACAGACGCACACUCACUGACAGAUGCAUACACUCAUUGACAGACACACACUCUCAUAUACACUGACAAACAAUGACAUACACACACACUAUUACUUGGACACACACUGACAGAUGCAGGCACUCACUGACCGACACAUACACACUCACUGACCCACACACACAUUCACUCACAGACACACACUGACAGCCAGAAAUACACACUGACAUACACACACUGACAGCCAGACACACACAAUCACUCAGAUACACACUGACAGACAUACAUACACAAUCACUCACAUACACACUGACAGACAUAUACACACUGACAGUCAGGCACACACAAUGACUCAGUCAUGCACACACUGACACCCCCACCUCCCUCCCCUCCCGUCCCCGCCCCAAACAUUAACCGAUUACUUUUUCUUUUUUAAUUUAAAUCCACCCAGCCUCCGUACCUUUGGGAGUGCUGGGUGGAUUUUUUUUUACCUGGGGUCCUGGGGUCCCUUCUGACAGGAAGGGAGGCAGGCGGGCGGCUAGCUAAGAAUCCAUUCAGGCAGGCGGUGCUGGCGAGGGGGCACUGAUUAAUGAGCUUUCUCUGCUCAGCUCCCCCGCGCGCCGCAGAGUGAUGCCGGGAGCUGGAAUAUGACGAGGGAGCUGAGCAGUGGGCUCACAAAUCAGUGCUCCCUCGCCAGCGAUGCCCGCAUGGAUAUUUAGUUAGCCGCCCACCUGCCUGGCUAACAAGACAUUUGGCUGGGCAUUUGGGUGCCGCGUUUUUUGCCGCCCCCUGGAAAUUGCUGCCCAAGGCAAAUGCCUUAUUUGCUGUGAGGCAAACAUGACCCUGCACACAGCCCCCAAUAGACGCAAUGUAUCCACAUACACACACUGCCCCCCAUACACACACACUGCACCCCUCAUACACACUGACCCCCCAUUCACACACUGCACCCCUCACACAGAAACACACUGCCCCCCUUAUACACACACUGCGCCACUUACACACAAACACACUGCUCUCAAUACACACACUGCCCCACUCACACACAGGGGUGUAUUCAGCCCAAGGCAAACUAGGCAUUUGCCUUGAGCGGCACUAUUUAGGGGGCGGCAAAAAAUGGCGCCCCAAACACCCACUGAGGCAUCCCGUGUGACUGAAGUGGUUAUUGUGUCUGCAUUGUUUCUUUAAAUGAUCUGCCAGUGCCCAUCCUGAGAUUAGGUUCAUCCCCUGGAUUCAAUGCUUUCCUAUCGGAAAGCCUAAUGCGAGUGCGGCAUUCGCUUUAGCGCCCUCUCAUCCAGUGAUGUCGUAGGAGGCAGAGUCGUGACCCAACGCCGUUUUUAACCCUUUAUUCACUGCUGCGGAGGAGGCGCAAGGGAUGGAGGAGACAGAGAGAGGUACAGUGCCAGUAAUACAGCUUUGUAUUCUUGGCACUAUAGUAUUCCUUUAAAGGACCACUAUAGGCACCCAGACCACUUCAGCUUAAUGAAGUGGUCUGGGUGCCAGGUCCAGCUAGGUCUAACCCUUUUUGCAGUAAACAUAGCAGUUUCUGAGAAACUGCUAUGUUUACCUAUGGGUUAAUCCAGCCUCUAGUGGCUGUCUCAUUGACAGUCGCUAAAGGCGCUUCGCGCUUCUCACUGUGAUUUUCACAGUGAGCAGACGCCAGCGUCCAUAGGAAAGCAUUGAUAAUGCUUUCCUAUGAGACUGGCUGAAUGCGAGCGCGUUCAGCCGGUGACUGAAGAAGAGGGAGGAGAGUCCCAGCGCUGAGGGAGCCCGGCGCUGGAAAAAAGCUAAGGGGUUGACCCCUUCCUCCCCCUUCAGCACCCUCAGGGCACUAUAGUGCCAGGAAAACAAGUAUGUUUUCCUGGCACUAUAGUGGUCCUUUAAGUAAUGGAGAAAGAUAAAACGAACAAGUUAAAAAUUUGUUACCAAAAAAAGUAAUUUAGAACAAAUGUGGUGCUCCUACAUGAACAUUGGGAAAAAAAGAGGGGUAGGUGGAUUUGAACCCAAAACAAGAAUUAUCCUGCCUACAUACUGAAAUUAUGAAAUGCCAUAAUCUUUGAAAGUUUUUUUUUUUUUUUGUUCACCUCAAAAUGCAUAUGUGUAUCAGUAGAAUAUAAAUUAUCUGCCGCAAGGCUGGGAAAUUUUGGAUUUCCAAAUAUAUGUCUGAACCUGCAUGCACACCUAAUUUAUAAUGUGCCAAGCCUCAUCUAAAAACUGUAAAAAGAUUUUGAAGGUGGGAUGACUUUUUCAGUUCUCUAUUAGAUAUAGGAAGGGGUAGAACUUAUUGCUUAACUUAUAAAAUAUUCAACAACUGUGUUUGACUUUGCCUGUUGUUAAAACCUCCCCACUAAGGCUAUUAGAACUGGUCAUAGCCCAUGCAACCCCAGGUUUACGUUAGUGCAGGACCCCCAAUAUUGGAGUACCAUGACAUAGUGGUAGGCUUAACACAAUAUAUUGUGUAACUGAACCCCGAUAUUUGUGUGUUAAGAUAGUGGAUUUUAAGUAACAUUGUAAGAUUCAAAACUGUAUUUUCUAUAUCUUUUGGUGUUGAUAGCAAUACCAAUGCUGAGAAAUGCAUGUUCUGGAUGUGCCUCCAAUUUCCUUUUUUCUGUGUAUAUAUGAAAUCCAGACCAUAUUUCAGAUUUUGGGUUGAGCACUCCACUCCAGGUACCCCUUUAUGGGUGACUUCAGGAAAGCGUUAAUUUCAGUAGGGUCAAUGGUAGCAGUUUAAGCUGGAAAUAAAUUGUGAAUGAACAGCAAUGCGUGAGAGACACUCUUUUCUCGCUAACCUUUCCUAAGCCUCAGUUGUAGACAUUUUCCAUGGUGCUUAACCACACCAUUGGCUGUGCCAAAGUUUACUCAACAUUGCUUGUUAUCUAGCACAUAUAAUAGCAGACCCCUCCCCCCCAACAGAUCUGAUUCCAUUGGUCCUAUCCCACUGUUACAAUUUUGUUCCGUAGUGUCCCGCAUCUGGUGACAAUAUUAGACGCCCUUGUGCUGUGAAUGCAUACUUGAACCAUUUGCAAGGACCUGUAGUUUUGGGGGCAACCAGACAGUUUCCUGCAGUGGAUCAGGCCCACCUUUUUACCCUCUCCUCCUUGUUCCGGGAGUCCCAAGUAAUUCACGAGAUAUGACCGCUUUACUCUAUCAAACGCCUACUCCAGGUCCAGCAAAAAGACCAGAGAAUGGGCUUUUGAUUCUACCAAUCACCAAAUCAAAUCGACAUUCGAUCUAGGGUUCUUAUAGAGCUGCCACCCAGGAAUGAAUUCUUACUUUUUUUAAUAAAGAAAUGUGCUUCAAUAUUCUUCAAACAGUUAAGUAUAUUUCUGGAACUUUAAAUUUCAUAAUUUCUGUUAGUGUGGGAACAGACACAGUUGUUAAACCUGAUAAUAACAUAACUUGCCUUGUCAGGCAGUCAUCAUGAUAAUCAAAAAAACAUGAGAGAAUGAACAUCAACCACAAAUAUAAGAAUGCAGCUUGUGGUUUACAUCGGGUGGAGUUCUCUGCCCAGUACCAGAAUGGCUGUCAUCUUUGAAAAAGUAGGAAAAUAAAAUCUCUGAAGCUGAGACAUGAAAGGAAAACUCAAAGCAUCACAACCACUACAGCAUGCUCAGUGCCUAGACUACGGCCUGAGCUAAUCCCAGCAACUCAGGGUUUAGUUUAUUCACUGAGAUCGAUCAGCUGAUUCUAACAGAAACUCCUUAGCUGGAGCUUCUGACUUUCUCAAGGCUUUGGUGGAGGAGGGAAGCAGCACCUGGUGGACCCCAGGUGAGAAGUCAAACCAUUGUGAUACAUUGACUAAUUAUACUUGGGGGGCAUAAUUAGUAGACAAUUAUUAAGACUUCACUGAUCUGCAAAGUCUUUUUUUCCUUGUUGUUUUAACUUUCACUUUACCUAGAUAAAAUGUUCUCCUAAUGAAGUUCAUGUGUGGCGGGUGGAGGAGUGUUUCCAAGCCAGGGUUCAGUUUCAUAAUUGAUGUAUAAUUGAUGUAUACAGAUGUACUUGCAGCUCUAACUUGAAGAUACUUUUGUACCAUAAUUUGUGAAUGUACUCAUUAGGCCUCAUCGCUGCUGAUUUCUGUGUGGGAAUAGAAAUAAAAUUACAUGCUGCCCAUCAUUUCAAUUUGUCAAAAAUGGUCAUUUGUGUUCUCGAGUCCUGAGGUGCGGCUGGGGACCAUCUCUUAUGGGAAUUUUUAGUUGACAUUAAAGGGUUACUGCAAGCAUCAUGACCAGUUUAGUGUUUUGAAGCAGUCAUGGUGCUUGGAGUCUGUAUUUUGCUGCCAUAGGUUUAAGUCCACCUGCAGCGCCAUUAGCAGUCAGGAAGAAGAGUUCCGGGUUGCUAAGGUUACAUGUGUGUGCAUAAAAGAUGUCGGUUGUCAGCACGCAAACCAUGCUGCUGACAGACAACCCAUGGUGGUACACCUCCCCCUUCCACACAGCCCAGCCUCCCUGACAUCGCUCCCCCUGCAGCAAGGGGGAAUUACAUCACUGAAGUAGGAUUGGACUGCAAGAAGAACUUGGCAAUAGUGUGGGUUCUAAGUAAGUUGAGUGCCUGUGCCAGUGAAGAUUACUCCAUAAAAACACUGAUUGUGAUUGGAGUAUCCAUUUAAUGGCCUACUUAGUGCUGUAUAAGUAAUUGAUUAAAUAAUUCAGAAAAACAAUUUAUUUCACGAACGAAUUUCUAAAUAUUUUCCCUUCACGCUGCUGUCUAUUAUUAUUCACACACACCAGAAAUUACUGUUGCUGUGGAUCUGUGUAGUACAUUUAUACAGACCACUCAAUGCUAUAUGAUUUAUUGAUGUGGGGCUCUUUGAUAUAGACACACCCACCUGACUUGCAUUACAGUGCUAAGGAGCUCUAUGAUAUAUUCAGGCAAACUGAACAUGAUUUAUUGAUGUGGAGCUCUGUGAUACACCCGCCCCCACACACACAAAUAAAUGUGUUUUAUUUUUAUGAAACUCUGCACAUCUCUCAUACACACUUCCCAUUACUAUGAGUUUUAUUGUUUUUGCUCUGUGAUAAACUUGUAGACACACAUUACUGUGCGUUUUAUUCAUGUGGCUAGGUAUGACAUUCAUACAUCAAACAUUGGUGAGGCUUCUAAAGAAAGAGGGUCACAGAAUAGAGAUGUCUGAUAUAGGAUAUUUGGAUUGUACAAAGGAUUUUGGUGUCUACCACUUUACCGCCUUGUUCUGAUCACUGCAAGGUUGCAGCCAGCCAAAUCCUCCAUCUUUCUUGGUCUGGUCAUAGGGGAAAAUUCGAAAACAAGGUGGGGAAUUCUGCCUUCAUACCACUUCCUACCACUGGGUGAUCUGCUCUGCAUUAUUCUCCUAAGAUUGGGGUAUCUACCCAUCUGCCAACUCAUUGCUUGCUACAGACAUUUACAGUCCACUCAGUCAUGAAGCCAGUCCUGCUCUGUCUUGGUGUGAAUUGUAGAUUUGUUUCUUGGCUUCUGCAAAUGCUAUACACAAUAUCCUACCUCAUGUAGGAAAGCUGUCACUUUUAAUCAGUGCACAGGCUUUUCCAGACCUCUCAUUCUUGCAAACUUCUUGUAGCUUCCGCUCCACUCUCACAGGUUUAUACUUGCUGCUUUGCACCCAUUUGGUAAGGGGUACGCCAAGUCCUUUCCUGUUCCUUGUCCCACUCCCAGUCAUAGCCUGUAUUAUAUGUAUGUAUACACUUGAUUGAUUCAUUUUUAAAUUGAGUGAAGUGAGCAAGUACAAUUGAUGAGCAUAAAUGCAUUUGAAUGUAGGAUAUUUAAUUAACUCAUGCUGCUGCCAGGCUUAUUUUUCUCUCCCAUCAGUCCGGUAACACAUACUAGCUUAUUUCCAAGCAGGCAUCUUAUCCAUCAAUCCCUCGUCCUAUUUGAUAUGCUGUUAUUUAUUUUGUGUGUCUUUAUCCAUUCUUCGUAGAUGGUAAGCUUGUUGGAUCAGGGCCUUCUUCACCUCUUGUGUCUGUUUGCGUCUGUUAAUAAAUAACAUAUUCGCAACACCAAUGUUUUCUUAAAGAAGAUGUAUUCAUCCAUAAGUGAGCUCGGCAAUGUUUCAACCCAAACACAGGGUCUUUGUUAAUCCAGGUUUACCUUCCCAUCCGUCACUUGGUUGCUAUGCCCACUCUGCUCUUCCUCUUGUCAUUUUAUACCUCACUUCCUCUAGAUUGCAAACUUGUUCAACCUAUCGCUCCUGUCAAAUUUUUUUAAAGGUUUGUCUAAUUUGUUGUUAAAUUCUCUUUUAUAAUAUUGGAAAGCUCUGUGGAAUACAUUGUUGCUAUAUAAAUUCCAAUAAUAACUCUGGAAGACCUCAGAGCAGGGCUCCAAAAAUGUCUCAGCACUGCCUGAAUCCAGAUUAGUGGGAGGCAUGACAUAGUAAAAUGUACCAAAUAAAUGGUGUUUUUCCUAGGCAUUAAAUAGUAUGGAGUAGUCUGGUGCAUUUGGUUUCAGCCGAAUGAAGACACAUUUCAAUUUUGGGCGAUCGGUAGGUUGUCCAAAUUCCAUAGCCCUGAGUCGCUAUAUGACGCAAUCAUGAAACAAAAAAAACGUCAAUUUAGAAGCUGAUCAUCCAUGUACCCCUUCAAAAAAAGAUAACUGAUGGUUAGGGACAUGUUUAAAUAAAAAUUUUUUUAAAAAAAUCAUCAAGGUUCAGCUUGAACGAAAGCUAAACAAUUGUAACCAAAUGUUUAAAAGUAAUCGAACAUUUAAAAAAAUUAGAAUGAUGAUGGAAUGUGAGCCAAAAUUGUAUUGCAAAAUACCAUUCUAUUCGGUCAACCAAAAUCCGACUGGAAUUAGCUUCAGUAAACAGUUUUGACCUCCUUGAUCUCAGUCACGAUUGUGUCUUCUCUAUCUUUCUAUCUACUUAAGCUAAUUCCAGUCGGAAUAUAUAUUGAUUGGGGCAUUUUCUGUGUGUUGUUGGUUCGUUAAGAUAUUUGCAUGGACGAAAUUUGUCUCAAACUGAAAAUAGAGCUGGUUGCAAAUAGUUAAAUAACCAUUGGUGGCACUGUCGGGGUCAAUAAGACUCCAAUGUUACUACAAUGGAGAUAAUGUACCUCCAUAAGUCCCCAUUUGACAUCAGGUAGGUGGGGACAUAUUUACUAAACAUUCAGAACUAGCCAUUGCUUAUUGCUGACAAGUUGCUAGAAAAGGCCCCAUCCCAUCUCACUACUCUCGAGAUUUGGCAGUCAGAGCACUCUAAUUGGUUGGCUUACUAGCUUUGCACUAGCUUUGCAGUAGCUGUCAUAGCGUGGGAAAGUCUAUAAAAGGGCUUUCCCCAAGGAGUGCUAAUUUUGUGCCAUAUUAAAGCGGCACUGUCAUGUCGAACUUACCUUUCUUCAAUCUCUUCAUCUUCUCCCCCUCUCUCAUGAUCUGUUCUUCUUUUCUUCCUGUCUUCUUUAGUUUUCUUUAAAAUCAUAAGACAAAGUAUGGACUCUUUGCCUUAUGGAGGUUCCCUCCGCUUGACCAGCUUUGACCAGCGGAGGAGCAAAGUGUGCUUCUAUUUCCGCUGGUUAGAGCAAUUUUCCCAUAAGUCUUACCUUUCCUCAGUGUUCCCACGAUGCUUCGUGUCAUUUUAGCCGAAACUGCCGAAUUGCGUUCUAACUGAAUGAGAACAGUAUGUUUGUUUGUUUUAGAACGCACUUUGUUCGUAUCGGAAUUUCAUUUGAAUGAAUGAAACUCCGAUUCAAUUUGUGCCGCGGCUGCAUCUUGCAGCCGCUUAGUAGAUAACUCCCUAAUUCGUAUGGUAUUAGGGAGUUAUCUUCCAAAAGACUGAAAGACCUAAAUUGGUCUUUCAUCCACAUUUACUAAUACUAAGUAAAGAUUACUUAGUAUUCGUAAAUAAUAUGCCCCUACUCGCCAGUGGCUGCUCACUGUAAAAAAAUAAAUUAAAAAAAUAAAAACCUAUUGGCCCCCACCCCUGAACGGUGGGGGCCAUAAUGGACAAUCGAGGGGGACCUACUGUCCUACCCCUGGCCCCCACCUCUGCGCGGUGGGUGGGGGCCAUAAAUUACAAUGGGGGUACCUACUGUCCUCCUACCCCCACCCCUGCAUGGUGGGGGGGGCAUAAAUUACAAUGGGGGGACCUACUGUCCUCCCCAUCGGAGCCCUCCAUGGGUGAAGAUGGAUUAUAUUUUUUUGCGCUCGGGUUUUUUCUUUUUCGUCUGUUUUUUUUUUUUGGCGCUGGGUAUGAUGGUUUUUUAUUUGGCCUUUUUUGGGGCUGAAAAAUGAAGAUUUUAGAAAAAAGAAGAUGUAAAAUGGUAAGUUUAAUUUUUCUUUACAGGUUAGUUAUUUUAUUUCCCCCUCACUGUUUUUUACGGUGAGGAGGGUAGGUAGGGGGUAACUUUUUUGGGGUGGGGGUGGGUGACUAGGGGCUUGGGGUCCUCUAGUCACCUUUGAGGGGGGGGGAGAUUUGUCUUAGGGCCCCCUCCUGCCGCCCAGGGAUGGGGGCCGGGGGGGAGAACAAUAGGUUCCCCCCUCAAUUUCUUUAUGGCCCCCACCCACCGUUCAAGCAUGAGGGCCAGGGGGGGGAGGACAGUAGGUCCCCCCCCCAUUGUAAUUUAUGGACCUCACCCACCGCGCAGGGGUGUGGGCCGGGAGGGGAGGACAGUAGGUGUCCCCCCUCAUUAUCUUUAUGGCCCCCACCCACCACUCAAGGGUGGAGGCCGGGGGGGGAGGACAGUAGGUUCCACCCCCCCCCCCCACAUUGUAAUUUAUGGCCCCCACCCACCACGCAGGUUUAACAUUUUAUUUGUGGAAUAUUAUUUAAAGGAACACUGUAGGCAUCCAGACCCCUUCAGCUCAUUGAAGUGGUCUGGGUGCGAUGUCCCAUGUCCCUUACCCCUACAGUGGUAAUUAUUGCAGUUUCUGUAAAUGUACAGAAUAUUGGCAAGUUAUUGGCUAUCGGCCUGAAAGUUCACAGAUUAUCGGUAUCGGCUCUAAAAAAACAAUAUCGGUCAAUCCCUAUUAAAAAGCCUCACCUUCUCUAUGGAUAGGGUUAUUAAAAUAAAAAAAUAAAAAAAUAAAAAAAUUAAGACUUUCCCUGACAAUUAGAAAUAAAUAAGAAAGCCACAGAAAGACCUGGAGGGGACAAAUGAGGCCUAGAAUGAUAAAGCAGGGUAUUUAUAUUCUCCUACAGCUGACUCAUGGUAACAUUAUGAUUGUUCAUGUUCAUUAUAUGACAACACAGUAAUGAUCUAAACAUGUAGCGACCACAAAGAGUUUUCUUUAGUGAGUUGGCCAAUUGCACUGCAGAUGGUGGAGGAGAAGAUAUCUAAACAAAUGUGAGCCAACAAAUUCCAACAUAUUCAUUUUUACUAAUAGCUACAGUUUAUUCAGGAGAGAAGUAAAGGUUAUAACCACCGACAGGCCAUCUAGACAGAGUGUAAAAGGCUCCCGUAGAGAAAGCUCUGGAUUGGCUUAAAUCAGCAAGGGGGCCGACUUGGCCAAUCAGCACCUCCUCAUAGAGAUGUAUUGAAUCAAUGCAUCUCUAUGGGGAAAGUUCAGCGUCCCCAUGCAGAACUGUGCAGCACUGACCCAGGAAGCACCUCCAGUGGCCCACUGAGGAGUGGCCUCUGGAGAUGUCCCUAGGGGACAAUGUAAACAAUGAUGUCCCUAGGGGACAAUGUUUAUGUAAAAAUGCCUGCCUGGGAUGAUUAUACUCAUUAAGUUGUUCUAGUACAGGAGUAGGCAACCUUUGGCACUCCAGAUGUUGUGGACUACAUCCCCCAUAAUGCUCUUAUACCCAUAAUACUGGCAAAUCAUGGGAGGUGCAGUCCAAAACAUCUGGAGCGCCGAAGGUUGCCUAUGCCUGUUAGUGACUAUAGUGUCUCUUUAUGUUCAUUUAACAGUGUAACUGGGGCAAAAUUCUAGAUUCACACGGCACGCCAGUACAAAUGUAGUACAAAUGUUUAAAGGAACACUAUAGGGUCAGGAACACAAACAUGUAUUCCUGACCCUUUAGUUUUUAAUCCACCAUUUAGGUGACUUGCCCCUUACAAAAGGUAAAAACUCACCUUAUUCCCUGCGCCAUGCGGGCCUGCUGAUGCUGGCCCCACCCCCAUCUGCCUCAUUGAUGACCUCAUCAGAAUUGCCCAUAGGGAAAGCAUUGGACUGGCUAAAAUCCAAUGCCGAUCCAAUGCAAUUUCAGCCAAUCAGCAUUGGAUUGGCUGAAAUCGGCAAGGAAGUGGCAUGGGGACGGGGCAAAAGAUGCAAAAUCAGCAUCUCCUCAUAGAGUAAAUUCUGUGUUUUCAUGCAGAGCGUGGAGACGCUGAGCGGCAGUGCUACAUACUGUGCAGAGCUGCCCCAGGAAGCACCUCCAAUGGCCACUUGGAGGAGCUUCCUGGGGCAGUUCAGGCAUGAAAAAUGCCUGAAGGCAAUGAUUUUACUCACCAGAACAACUACAUUAAGCUGUAGUUGUUCUGGUAACUAUAGUUUCCCUUUAAAUAUAACUGGACAUAUAAUGAAAUCACGCAGUUGGGCAAUAUAUUUUAGAGCUGAUAAAUUACAGAGCUGUUUGUUUAUAAUUUUGCUGGCCUGCUUUUAUGUAGGCGGUUUGGUACUUUUUGAUAUUCAUUGCCUUACGUGGUUGCGGCAGGAGAUCAAAUUACUCAGGCCAGAUUUGGAUAUUGUACAUGUUAUAACUUCACAACAUGUGCUGAUAUUACAAAUCAGGGUUUGAAGGCAGAAAGAAAAUCAUUUGGAUUAAUAUUUCGCCGGCGUCCAGGAUGUAGCUGAUAAAUUGAUAUGAAUCAGAGAAAGGGUGGGGGAGGUUCUGACCAGUCAUCCCAGGAGAACAGAGCAGCUGAGGCUGUGAAAUGUCUGCCUGGGAGGAUGACAGUGAUAGAAUUGCUCACAUUGCUGUCUGUCACCGCUCUGAUGCCUUCUCUGAAAUGUGUCCCUAAUGAUCUUUAAUGGCAAUCUGAAGGAUUUCUUUUGUUGAAUACAAAAGCUAUCCCCAAAACCCAACAUGUCUUCUAUUCAUUGUAACCUUAAAAUACAUUUUGUACAGCUGUAUCAUGAGAACAUGUAACAUGACUAUACCAUACCAUAAACAUUACAUGAUAUAUUAUAUGCAAGUGCACCCAAGGAUAGAUGGCUGUGUACAGAUAUAUGCAUGAUCACAUAAUUAAACCUUCCUUAAGGGAUCAUUGUCAUGGGAAUAAACACUACUGUCGUAUUUAGUAACAUUUAUUAUACAGCUUAUUUAUGCAUUGUACAGCAUUGCUUGAACUUACUUGGGCUCUCAUUCUACAUUGCAUAUUUGCUAUGUACCACCAUAGGCCAGUGCUUGAUAAGGUGUGUUUAAGGACUGAAAUGAAGAGACACUGAUCGCCUUCGCGCUUCAAAAUAAUAUAUGCACAAACAAAAAGUACUAAUAUUAUGACAACAUUGUAUUUCCUUCUGAUUCAUUUCAGGCACGUACACAAUGGAAAUAUGAUGUAAAAUACUGUUAUGAUAAUUUUUUUUGUUUUUUGUAUUUGAUUAUACAGAUUGCUUUUGUAUCCCUGAAUGAUGCAAUGCAUGUUUUCUCUGUUUCAGAUGCAAAGCAGCCUAACGUUUCGAGCGAAGCAAAACCUUCCAGACUUCCUGGCCCAAGUCCUACCAAGAUAUCACGUAAACAGCAAAAUGUGGCAAGCUCUGGCAGUGGACAAGCAGUUCCAUCACCGAUACUGGUGGCAACCUUCUUAAUAGUGUUUCAGUACGUUCUACUGCUUUGUGGUGCUACAGUUAUUUUUUAGGAAUCUGCUAAUAAGCCUUUGCGAGACAUGUCCAUGUGAAACAAGAACAUUGCUUUUAUAGGGUGGACGUGAAGAGAGCAAAAGGGUCCGACCCUGGUUGUGUAUCCUUUUAAAAAAAAUCUUAAUGGAAUAACAGAUUAGCUAUUUGAUAUGUUAUUUUCAGGUGACAUGUUUAUAAAUAGCUCACACGACAAACACCAUUAAAAAACAUGCUCUGUUAUGAAAGUUUCACAAAUCUGAUCUACGUUUUAAAAACCAAAACACAUAUUCUAUGGAGAAUAAACUUUGCAAAGUGAUACAUAAUAACCCAUCGCUCAAUGUUGAUCGGUCUGCACUGUUUCUGAAAUUCCAGGCACAAAUCUGUUGCAUUUCACCAACUGUGCAGUUUCAUUAUGAGUUUCGAUGCACUUUAGAAGCUACUAAACACAGUUUUGCUUCGCAUUCUACCAAUACCUCUAGAAGGCUCUUUUCAGAUAUGUAUCUCCAUCUCAAUGUUACCAGACACUUGUGUUCUUCUCACAAGGAUGCUUUAUAUUUUCUGUGUAUUUUGAUACAAUAUUUACUGCUAGAUCUAUCUGUGUUUUUCCAAAAUGUUAUCUCUGUGAUAUUACCUUUAGUCUAUAUCAGUGUUAACUAGCCACUGGAACUUCAGCUAUUGUGGACAAUUCUCUGCCAGAAAGCCCACAAUAGCUGGAAGGCCAAAGAUCACUAGUCCGUGUGACUAAGAUCAAUUGUCUACAUUGCCAAGACCCUGAGAAGAAACAAGAAGAUCUUAGUAAAUCUACAGGGAAUGGUAGGCGGUUAAUCAGGAUCUGAAUGACAAACCUGCUAUGACAAAGAGCAGAUCUUUAUGGCACACUAUGGAAACAUCUGUUUAUUAAAACAAUGUUUUGUACCAUAUUUGACCAGCUCACCAUCCAUGCUACCUCCCACAAUCUUUCCAUUUCUGGGAAUACUUACCCAACGCAUGUUUUAAGAGACUAUGCAACGUAGUGAACUUAGUGAACCAAAUCACAAGACAUGCCCCUCAAUCCUUCACUUGACUUGUAGAGGACAAUAUUUUACCACCGCUACAAGAUUAUUCUGAGGAUCAUAUGGUUUUUCUACUGAUAAAACUAGCAUCACCAUGUGUAAUAAUGUAGAUUAAUUACUACAAUUCAGCAGAUAUCUAUCGUUGUUAAAGACUGUGUAUUAUGGACAGUGACACUUGUCUUUUCAUUGAGUUUUAAUCGACAGGUCAACAGAUUAAUAAAAAAUGCUAGAGUCAUAAAUGUUUCUGUGCCAAGAAAGCCAGAAAAAAUUUAGAUUUUUUUAUAAUGAUCAUUAGCCUAACUGAAAGAUGUGUGUGUGUGUGUGUAUAAAUACAUACAUACAUGCACAGUCACACACACACAAUAUCAUUUAAUUCUACAAGUGCAACAAGUAAUGUAUGACCCCUUGGCCACCACAUCAGAACUUGGUAGACUUGAGCACAAAUGCGUUUGUUGACCGAAUCAUUCCUGUUAAUCUACGUCCGAAUUAAUGAAUCCAUCUGAGAUCUACAUGUGGAUCCUCAUAAAACUCCACAUCUAAAUCUUGGAUGGAUCAAUUAUUUCGGGGAAAAAAUAACAGGAAUUUGAUUUGUUCGUCGUUACUGAAACAGAUGUGCGCACAAGUCUAGUACUUGUACUUAAGAAACUGGUAAGAUCACUAAACUGGAAAGUGGAAGAUUGAGAUUUUAGUAAAAUGUUUUUGUUUGUUUUUAAUACAAGUUUUAUUGAGGGGAUUGUACAAUUGCAGCAGUGUUUCAUAAAGCUUUGUCCAGAAACACUUUGGAAUUUUAAUUAUAUAUUUAGCUUACGUACCCAGAUUCUGAUAAAUGUUGGCAUGUUAAAAAUAAAGGAUAAUAACAAUCUAACAGUAUUAAGAAACUCUGUAAUUUAUUAGCUGUAGAAAUACUAGGUUUAAAUUAAAGUUAAAAGUUUUAUUUGUUUUAAUUAAAAUUUGACAUUUUAAAUUGUAUUCAGAAACCUUCUCCGUUUUUAUACCACCAGUAAUGAUAAUUUUCAACAGAAUGAUCGGUCCACUUGCCAUCCGGUGUUAAGUUAAGUGUGGAAAUGAUUAACAACAAAAUGUUCAGAAUAGUUUUGAUUUUAUAAAAAUUCUAAAUCAUAGUUAUUGCACUGAAGCAAUUACAAGACUCUGUAAUUCCUUGCAGUCAGCAAUUCAUGGACAUCGGCAAUGUAUCCAAAGAUCUUUUAUCAAGAAAAGUGUUACAUGUUAAAUCUCAGUCCAAUACUAACUAGAAUCGCCCAAGCAUCGUCAUUAAUAAAUCUUGCUUAGUUAGUGUUUUUAAUGUGGCUUGCUAAUUGCAAUUACAUAUUAUAGACACUGAUUAAUAAGAUAUGCAAAAUCAUUAAUUGAGGCUUGUUCUUCUGGACAAUAGACAUCAAAUGUUAAAAUUUGCUGAAGUCUUUUUUGUGUGUUUCCAUAUAUUUCAUGAUACUUUCCAUUUUUAAAUAAACCGGAUAUAAACCUAUUUUAUGUCAUCGAAUUCAGUUAUUAUGAAAUUUGACAUUUUCUAUACACCACACUCAGCAGAGAUGGUAAAAACUGUUGGGAUGUUAUGUUUUACUCCAGUAACAUAUAGUGAUAUUUAAUCAUGACCUGAAAUUACAGAACAGAUUUGUAUUCAUUUCUGGGGUACAGAUUAUGAAAUCUGAAGACUUGUGCUUUAUCUGAACGCGAACCAAGUAUAUGAACUAGUGACUUCAAUAUUUAUGGAACCCAUUAGCCUAAAUGUCUUUUAGAAGUAAAGUAUUAUACCUAAUGUAGAGGACGAAUGUAUUAUUUAGUUUAUUCCCCCAUCCCUCUUAUCUGUGGCCAAGGAGGGGGGCCAGUACAUUCCCUGGUGGUCCGGUGUUACUAUGCAAGCUUGCUGUCUUGUAUAGUGAAGGAGAGGAAUUGCCAAUUCCAGAUUCCCCCUUUGGCAGGAGGUAGAAGCAAGAGUCUCCUAGGCACCCCUUCACUAUACUAGAUGGCAGUGACCCAGGAACUUAUAUCUGUAUCACAUUGGUAUUUACAGGUGCACACAGGCACAAACAGGCCCCUCAGGUAACAUGUACACAAAGGUACAGAGUGUGUGUGUGUGUGUGUGUGUGUGUGUGUGUAUAUAUAUAUAUAUACACGUACGUAUGUAUGUACCUUUUCCAUCCAUGCAAACAUUUUGGGGAAAAAACUAUUUGGACGAAUCAAAGGGUGCAAAACUCGGCCAAUCAGUGUAUUGCACAAUAUAAAUAUUAUGGAUAUAUUUUGCAGAACACUUUUCACACUAUUUGGGUCAAGUGAGAAAAACUCACCAAAUAGGGAAAAAGAAGCAGAGCAGAAAAAAUCUAAAUUUAUGUAUUACAUCUUUAUUAAAGGUACACUAUAGUCACCAGAACAACUACAGCUCAUUGUAGUUACUCUGGUAAGUAUCGACAGUCCCUGCUGGCAUUUUCAGGCAAACACUAUCUUUUCAGAGAAAAGGCAGUCUUUACAUUAAAGCCUGGGGCAGGUAUAGGCAACCUUUGACACUGCAGAUGUUUUGGACUACACCACCCAUGGUGUAUUGCCAGCAUCAUUAUCAGUAAGAGCAUUAAAGAGGAUGUAGUCCACAACAUCUAGGGGGGGACAAUGGUUGCCUAUCCUUGGCCUAUGGACACCUCCAGUGACCACUCCUUAGAUGCUCUGCAUGGAGACGCUGAACUUUCCUCAUACAGAUGCAUUGAUUCAAUGCAUCUCUAUGAGGACAUGCUGAUUGGCCUUGCUGGGAUUUGGCCCCUGCCCCACCCUGUCACCUUGGCGAUCUCAGCCAAUCCAAUGCUUUACCGUAGGAGGAUGAUCCUCCAAAUAGGAAGCUCAAGGGUGGGGCCAGCACCGGCAGACCUGUGGGGCGCUGGAAAAAAAAUGUGAGUUUUAACAAUUUAUAAGGGGGGAAUAGCCACCUAAAUGGUGGUUUUAACACUAUGAGGUCAGGAAUACAUGUUUGUGUUCUUGAACUUAUAGUUUUCCUUUAAAUAUAUAUUUGCAUAAAAAUAGAUGUAUUUAUUUUUUUCUGCUCCUCUACGUUUUCCCUUUAUUCAUCUAUGAAUACAAUUUAGUGCUCUACCUUAACCGUCGAUUAUCUUUUUUCCGUCAGUUAUCUAAAUUAUUUUUGGCGCCACGGACAGAACUCUAAAUUCUAAAAACAAAACAAAACUGUUCUGUGCAUUGUCCAUUUUAUUUGUUUCAUGAUUCAUCCAGAUAUCAAUUCAGAGUUAGCACGAACGACCGAUCGCCCAUAAUUCAGUCGAAUCGUAUUUCAUUUGAAACCGAAGUCUACUAUCUUCUACAAAAGUAACCCUUUGAAUGCAAUGUGUUCUGUUCACACUCCUCAGUAAAAUAAGGAUUGUGACCAUGCAAUACAUACAGUUACCAUGGCUGUAAUCGAUAACCUUGGCACUGCAGAUGUUCAUGAAUAAUAUUUCCCAUGAUGCUCAGAGAUUGCAUAGUCCACCAACAAGGUCGAUGUUAGCUAUUACUGGCCCGUUGCAUAUGUUUUUUAGUAGUAGCUCUGCAGCACUGAUGGAAUGAAACCAAAACAAAACUGAUUUCCUAUAGACUAAUAAUAAAUCUGUACUACUUACUUGGAAUGACAACUGUGUAAACAGAGCCUUCAAAUCCAUCCACAUAUUACAAUUCUACUCUCUUUGUCUUGUGCAUCCUAUCUACCUUUUGUUUAAGUUUUCUAUGUAUUAUCAAAUUAUUAAACUUGCUUACUAUGGAAGUUUUAUUAAAAAAUAUUUUAUGAUGAAAAAAAAAUCUUGUUUGUUUUACUAUGCUAGAUUUGUGAUAUAUUUCUGAAGACUAAGCUAGCUAUAUUGUUAUCGUAACAGAUUUUUAUACAUGGGAUUUAUUUGCUAAGUCUCAAGAUUUUAACUCUAAUAUCAAUGGGAAUAAUCUGAUUUUAAGUCACAGUAUCUAAAGCUGAUUCAGAUUCUACUGUUUCAUGCAGAUACUUAAGCAUGUUAAGUGAUAUCGUUCUACUAUAAUAUAAGCAGUCCUACAAUCCUGGCUGAGUUAUGGAGAAGGUGGACUUUUUUCUAUAUAACCCUACAAGAUCAUUUAUUUUGAAUUUUAAAUGGAUAGUCCACAACAUGUUGUCGUGUUUAUGGUAUCUAGACAGACGAGAUCAAACCCAGGCAUCCCAAAAAUCAGCAAUGGACUUUCAUUACAGUUCUUAGAGGUACAAGUUGGCAUGUCUUAAUAUUAUUGCCACCUACAUCUACCAAUGCCCCAUUCCAAUGAUGACCAAUUGCUUGAGGAUAAUGUCUGUAGUUUAAGCCUUGCCUAAGCAAACAUCACAUCAUGUGAUCUUGGUAUAACUGGAUGGCUUGAGAAACGUCCAUAAAAGCAGUGGGAUCACAGCUGUGUCAUCAAAGUAUUUCUCUUUGAGUCAGUGGGAUGUGGUCAUAACCAUGAGCAACUGAGUCAGAUGCGGUCAUACUUAUCACAUACAGAAAAACUUGUCCCCAUCCUUUUAUAUUAUUUAUUUUGUAAGAGAGGAAAGAAAAAUAUAAAACUUGCUUACAGAGCAAGAAUCUCUGUUUGCACCAGUACAGCAACCACUCUAUUAAAGGAUUCUGCAUUGUGUCCAAUUCAUCUGCUAAAAAUAGAUUGCUAUGAGCCACAGAAGCUAUUGGUUUGGCAGAAGAAAAGCUGGCCGUCAUCUUAUAAAACAUCUCGUGAAAGCAGGUUCCCUCUGGCUGGAUUUGAUUCUCAUGGCGUAUUGUGGUGCUUGCCAGUUUAUGCUGAUAACGGCACGCUGUCGGAAAGAACACAAAUGCACUGUACAACAAAAUAACAGACAGAAAUUCUACUUUCCAUUUUGACUCAUUAAACUUCAUUAGAACAUGGUAUUGCUGACUUCUUAGUGCCUAACAUUUGAAGUGACAGCAUCAAUGAUUGGGCCACUUGAGUUAAAGCAAUGAGGCCUCUGUUGUUCUGGUCUAUGUCCCUAUAUAGUCUCACUGUCUGUCUGUAUAAAGAAAAUACAGAACUUCUGCUGAAGCACAGCUCAGCCAUGCUACAACCACUGACCAUCAGGAGAAGACAUCCUUUGUGAACUUCCCAAGGGGCAGUCCCACCCUUUGGUGGAAUGUUUCGCUUGUUCUCUGUCCUUCCCUACCAUAUAUCAGAAGUUAUGCUGAGUUAGGUACUUCCUCUUUCUAUACACAUGCACACACUUUCAGAGCCAGGUUACCCAUUAGGUAACCAAGACAGUUGUCUAGAGCCCAGAAUCAGGUCUGGUAGGCCCCUCUCUGGUCCUGAGUCAGAGCGCAGCCACCAGUAUUCCAGAUGGCUUUGCUCUGACUCACCGAGCACCAGACCACAAGGGAGCAAUUAUUGAGAUUUGUACCUGACGGAUGCACAAACCUCCUGAUUACAGUCCUGGCCUUGUCCUCAAGUUAAAAAAAUAAAACAGGUUACAAUAUUCUAUUUAAAAUGUUGGUCAAAUAUUUAUAUAUGAUUGUGUAUCCUUUUAAGGUAAUAUGCUGGAUAAAGUAACAGACUAUUAAAGAUGUAAAACAGAUACAAUUAGAAUUGCUUUUUGUGGCGAAACCAACCUCGCCACUGUACACUGGAGAAGCCUGGUUGCUUGCCUGCUGCCUUUGGACUAUGGCCCCAUGUUAAAAGACAUCUUUUUCCCUGCAGAAAAGACUUAUUCGUGCUUUUCUGCCGGGUGUUCAGUAAAUUCAAUCUACCGAACAACCGCACGAAUGAAUAGACCACCUGGGAGCUGGAGUGUGCCGGCAAUUAACCUCCCUGAAGCUGCGGUUAACCGCAGCUUAAUUGACGAAUGCUGGGCGGCCGCCAUUCGUAUCACGAACACGAGGUCGCGGCCAUUUUAAACAUGCGAAUGCACAGCGGUGUUCGACGCUUAAUUCAUGGAACUGAAAUAGGACACAGUUUUGCGCGAACACCGCUGAAGCCGCUGACCUCCCUUCUUGUUCGGUGAAAGUGCACGAACGGCCCGGUGUUCGGUAGUUUUGUUUGAGUGUGUUGUACCCCAGAUAGGAAUCCCAUGGAGCCCAUUCGCAUGAAACUGACUGUGUAAAGACUUUGGCUCCAUGGCGAUUAAACUGUAUUCGUGUGGUCUGAGCGCCAUUCACUUAAUAAUGUGCGCUCAGACCUGAGCUAUCUGGGGAUAUGUAGAACUUAUAUGUUUUAUGUACUGAAUGUAACUGUAGGUAAUUUUAUGUAUUUUACUGUUUGUUUUCUGCCAUGUGGUUAAUGGAGUUUUGCCUCUGUCUUUGGAGAUAAUUGAAUUACUUCUCAAUUAUCUCCAGAGCAGAGAGGAGGGAUUGUGAUGCAUUGUGGGAUGGUUGAAAUGUGUAAGUCUGUGAUUGGUUCUUGUACCCUUUGUGUCCCAGUCUUCAAUUUGGUCCCCUAGGGGAGUGUCCACCAGGUGGGAGACCUACAUAAAAGCCGGGCAGUUAGCCCUAGUAAAUGAGUUCCUGCUUAACCCUCAAAGUGAAGUGUCGUCUCAUUAUUGGGUGAGGAUUUACUGUAUGCUGUUAGAGACUGAUUGCCAGGAGUGUAAGCCGCUUGGGGGCUUUUCCUGUUCGUCUGCUAGCAGCUAUUCAUGUGUCUCCAGUUCGGGAGUUGGUGAAUUCGUGGGUUUGCAGUUCAGGAGAUUGGCGCUUGCAGAAGCUGUCGGUGCAGCUGAAAAAGGGGAAUAUCGCCUAAACAGUUUUUAACCUCUUGUGGGCAAAACGGUCCGUUAGACUUUUUAUUUUAUUGGAGUCACCGAAUUUUCAAAAAAAUACUAAUUAAAUCUGUUGUUUUCCAUCUGCGUCACUGGGCUCCAGAAAGUCCAACCCAUUGAAACUGAUAUGGCUUAAAAUUAGUCCCAUACACAAAGACAUGAAGUAUUGGUAUCUGGCUUACUGAAUUACUAGUAUCACUAGUUACCAGAACCCAAAAAUUAGUAAGACUUAAAAAUACAUAACUGUUCAAGUAACCGAUUGUAGUCAUGACGUUUGAAAUCCUUCUUCUAACCAAACCUAACUAAUCACCUGUAACAGAAGAAAACACAGCUACAGUAAUAGAACAAUAAUAAUCAUAACAAUGAUAUUCAUUUAAAUAUACUGUAUUUGUUACUUGAUAGCCACACUAGACAGCUGCACUCAGGAAGGGCCGGUGUGAGAAUUUUUGGUACACAGGAGAAUACACAUUUGGCUGUCCCCCCCCCCAAAAAAAAAAUCUCUCUUAAUCCCUCUUUUGCCCCUUUAAUCCAUUAUUUUUCCACUUUCGUGCAUCUUUUCCUCCUUUUGUUCUUAUUCCUGUUUAUCCCAUCUUAAUCCAAUUUUGGGGUCUUUUAACCCCCCAUAUGUCUCUUACCCCCUGUUGUGUCUCCUUUAUCCAUUUUGAAUGUCUUUCUUACUUUACUCAAUCUUAUCUCCCCUGUUGCCUCUCUAGUGUCUCUUGCCCGCUUUUGGUGUCCCAUACCCCCUUGUUUCUCUUACCCCACUUGUGUCUCUUACCCACCCCCUUUCUACCCAUUAGCUCAAUGUGUAUCUUACCUUCCUGUAUCUCUUGCCCACUAUUGGUGUCUCUUCCCUCCCCCUUGUGUCUCUUACCUCAUUUGUAUUUAUUACUUUCCAAUCUCUCUGUCUAUUGUCUCCUUGUGCAUCUUACCUUGUCUUGUCUCCUGCUCUCCCUCCAUUUUUUAUGUCUAUAAGCCCUCUCUGUAGUGUGACUCCACCAACCAGUAAGGAGAUAUUCUGUGUCCUCUACCCAGUCUGACAGGAAGCUGCUUGUUCAGUGCCCUGGAAAUCACAGCGAGCAGCUCCCAGUCACACCUGGUAAAGGAUAUUGAAGAUCCUCUAGCCGAGGUCUGCAAGGCCGUGCUAUACAAAUUGACUGGCUGGUGGAGCUCUGUGCAUCCCUUUCCCACCUGUCAUCCAGACUUUGUCCCACCCACUCCCUACCCCGCAGGUUGUUACACCCAAAGAUAACUGCCUGCUUAUGGGCUGAAUUCCCUGAGUGUACUCUGGAUAUCACAAGCAGGUUCAACCAUGCACUUGUGCUUCUCUGUAUGUGGACUUGGGAGGAAUGUGGGAAUAGAAAGAAAACUCAGAAUGCUGGGACCGAAGCCUAA